AUGGUGCAGAUCGUCCGUGUGCAGACCAAGCCCUUCCCGGACCAGAAGCCGGGCACCAGCGGCCUGAGGAAGCGGGUCACCGUGUUCCAGAACAGCCCGCACUACUCCGAGAACUUCAUCCAGAGCAUCCUGUCCUGCACCGAGCCCGCCGAGCGCCAGGAGGGGGCGCUAGUGGUCGGAGGGGACGGCAGGUACUUCAUGAAGGAAGCCAUUCAGCUCAUCAUACAGAUAGCAGCCGCCAAUGGGGUAAGCAGUGUCGGUCACAGUCUGCCCGUGUCAGUCAGUCACAGUCUGUCAGUGUCAGGCACAGGCUGUCAGUGAGCCUGUCGGUCACAGGCUGUCAGUGUGCCCGUCAGUCGGUCACAGGCUGUCAGUGUGCCCGUCAGUCGGUCACAGGCUGUCAGUGUGCCCGUCAGUCGGUCACAGGCUGUCAGUGUGCCCGUCAGUCGGUCACAGGCUGUCAGUGUGCCCGUCAGUCGGUCACAGGCUGUCAGUGUGCCCGUCAGUCGGUCACAGGCUGUCUGUCAGUCGGUGGGGGCACGGGCUGUCAGUGUGCCAGUCGGUGGGGGCACGGGCUGUCAGUGUGCCAGUCGGUGGGGGCACGGGCUGUCAGUGUGCCAGUCGGUGGGGGCACGGGCUGUCAGUGUGCCCAUCAGUCAGUGGGGGCACGGGCUGUCAGUGUGCCUGUCAGUCAGUAGAUGCACAGAUUGCAACGGUGCCUACCAGGGUGUGCACAGAUUGGGAAAGGUGAGUGGGCAAGCUAAGUAGUUUUGCCCUAUCCACCAUGUCUACCAUGUCUUUUAGAACAAAUAGGGAUGGGCUCAGGAUUUAAAUCCAAGCAAAGUGCCUUAUCCGGUGUCUAGUGAUUGAUUCUGAGGGGUAAAACAAUUUUCCUCUCCCAGUACAAUACAAAGAAAAAAAUGUCACUAGUGGCAUGUCUGUUAUGGAACCCAUCAACCUUUUCUUUCUUUAAAUUUGUUAUUUAGGGACAGCACAAGAGAAGCUGCUUUGCAGGAUUCAAGUGCUGCUGCACACAAAUCAAGUAAAUCCUUGUGGAAUCAUGCAGCAUAUGAAUGCUACAAUUUUUCUUCUAUCAUCUGUGUGCCUGAAGAAGUAAUGUGUUCUGGAAAAAUUGGUGGGUCUGGCAAACCUAGCAGGGUGUGGGCCUGUUUGCCCGUCUGCAGGCACCCGAGUUGAACGCCUGCCUAUCAGGCCAAAACUAUAACUUUGCGUUUACUUUAUUCAUUACUUGCUAAUCUGAAUUAUUUUUUGUUUUAAGUAAUAUUUAAUAAUUUGUGCAGACAAUAAAAGUAAGUACCGUAAGUAGGAUGUAUAACCCGAGUGGGUCUGUGAUUCCUUAGCCUUUACAGGCAUACCCCACAUUUAAGUACACAAUUGGACCAGAGCAUGUAUGUAAAACGAAAAUAUACUUAAAGUGAAGCAAUACCUUUUUUCACUUCCCAAUGCAUGUACUGCAUUGCAAUAGUAAUUUACAGGAAAAACUGAUACUGCAACUGCAGAUUUCCAGUGAUUUUAUUUCCAGCGGGGCUUUUAUUCAGUUAAAACAAACAUUAAAAAGAAAAAUCUCAUUCCAGAUUGUACCAUUUAUCUUUAAUGUUUUACUCAUCUGACAACCUUAAACUGGGCAGAAAAGUAAAAUAAACCUGCCCACUGGGCCAUUUUCUGUCAAUACAGUGCCAGUUUGUAUUUGUCCGCACACUUUGUUUAGAAACACCUCUUCAUCAUUUUAAGCAUUUAUGGUUAACUUUGAAUCCUCACAAUUGUGGCUAAUGCAGCUAAGCUGCUAAGCCAUAGUUAUAGAAAAUGGCAGGGUAGACCCUUUCACUGGAUGGCGCCAAUUGCAGAAUAUGGACAAUGUAGGGGCAGAAAAAAAUAAAAAUUUCAGCUUGGAGUAGACAUUAAAAAUUUGAGAUGAUUAACCUGUGCCAUGUCAGAAGGUGUGAAACGUUCUUGCCCUAAAGACACUGAACUGAGCUGCUCCGGGCGAGAAUAGAACCUUCCAUUUACUGUGCACUCGCGGACAGAAGAGGAACGGGAAUGUCUGUACUCGUGGGUAUGUCUGUACAGCGGGGUGUGCCUGUACUUCAUAAACUAUAUUACAGGGUGACAGAGAGUGUACUGUUUGUGUGAAUUCCUACUGUCAGUUAAUGCACAGGUUGUGUGAGUUCCUGUAUAUGGGUGCCUCUCGAUGGGCAAACACUGUGCAUGGUGUCUGUCUUUCCUUUAGUGUGUGUGUAGAUAUAUAUAUGCAGCUCACAGCAUCUCCUUAAAUACUCAGAAUGGUGUCCAGACAAAUUUUAUAGCAAGGUAACCUGUGCAAAACAACCAAGUUCUACAGAAGCAUUGUGUAUUUUGAAGUUGUGUUCAUAACUGUUUAGGUGAAAAGGGGUUUUGUAGCGUCAUUGACAUUCAAAGGAUUACCCAAGUAGCAUGAUUAAUAUUCAUACUUACCGGUAACUUUAUUAACACGUAACCUGCUGUUUGCUAAAUAGUAAUUGAUUACAGAUUAUGGGGUGCAACCCUUCUGGUACCCAAAGGGUUAAUGUCUGUGAUUGACCUGCACUAUAUAUACCCCGAUAGGCUGCUAAGGGUUGAUAAUGUAGUCUUUGACAUAUAAUUUGCCUCUUUAAAGUUUAAUCCGUUAAUCAUAGGGAAAAUUUUACAGGUUUGAUAUGCAUGGUUUUCAUGCUAUAAAGGGGGUGCUCUAAGGCAGGCUUCCCCAAACUCCGGCCCUCUAGAUGUUUCUGAACUACAACUCCCAUGAUUCUCAGCCUAUCUAGAUCAUUCAUAGAAUCAUGGGAGUUGUAGUUCAGCAACAUCUGGAGGGCCGGAGUUUGGGGAAGCCUUCUAAGGGGUUCUAGAGUGCUGGGCCUCUCUUCCAUGGGGUUUGUUUCCAAAUAAAAUGGUGCUGUUGUAGGCCUAUAUAUUUUUACAUCAGUCUUUAGAAAGAAUUGUUAAUGUCUAUAUAACAAAAACUGAUUUGCAUUGAUAAUAUGAUGAAUAUACUACCUUCCCACAUUGAGAUAGAAAGCACUAUAAGAAAAUCUUCCUACAUUACUUUGACUAUACAAUAAAUAUUCCGGGUAUUUUUUUGAUGUCUGCAGCAGACACUUCAUUUCCAGGAGUUUCUCAUUUGAUCCCAGGAUCAGUAUAGUCAAGGUCAAACUGUUUCUCAUGAAUGAGCUUGUUGCCAUGGCGAAGCAGCCAUUUUAAACGGAAACAGAUGAGGAUAAUAUGAUGCUCAUUGUAGGUGUGCCUUGCAGUUUUAGUGAAUGAGAAGCACAAUCCCAGCUGGUGGAAGAACCCGAUUUUAUUGUAUUCUCUCUAAACAUCCCUAAUUUUGAGUACCGUACAUUCUUAGGAUCUUCCUUAUCAGUGAUGACUGCAGAGAACACCGACCAACUGUGAUUAAAAAAAUGAAACAAUCUAGUCCACGCAUUGUAUUCAGUGGAAGCAUUGCCCAAAUCCAAUAAACCCCUGAGCUAUGUUGUACAUUAUUCAGCUUUCUGUUGAUAGUGGGAGUUGGAUUGUGAUGUCCAUAGAUUCAUGCAUGGGGGAAAAAAACAUGAAUGAAGUUACACAAAUUAACAGAAGCCACCAGACAACUUCUUUAACUUGGCAAGUAGCUGUAUUAUAUAUUUUUUUUUUUUAUUAUUAUUUUUUUAAGUAAACUCCUCUUCAGGUCUCACUUUUGACUCUCUGCAGUGCUCUCAUUGAAAGUAAUACAUUGUAAUUAAAUCCCUUACAAUACUCUUUGUCUGUGUGACAGUACAGAGGAGGAUGUAUGAAGAAACUGUAUGGGAUUUUCUACAAGUGCAAUGAAAUGUUCUAAUUUAGGCAAUCUAUUGCAUACUAUUCGUUGUCAUGGAUGACAGCCAAUAGAUUGUGCAGGGAUUUUAUUGAAGUGGCUGUGCAGCUUUAUAAUGCAAGUGUUUUUUUUCAUUUAUUGAAGAAUGUUUAUCAUUUUUAUCAUUAUUAUUAAUAUAUAUUACUAUGAUAUUUAUAUAGCACCAUCAAAUUCCACAGCGCUUUACAAUGGGUGGACGAACAGACAUGUAGUUGUAACCAGAAAAGUUGGACACACAGGAACAGAGGGGUUGAGGGCCCUGCUCAGUGAGUUUACAUGUUAGAGGGAGUGGGGUAAAGUGACACAAAAAGGUAAGGAUAGUAUUAGACUAGUGACAGUUGCAAAAGAGGAAAAAAAAAUAAAAAAAAAAAUAUAUAUAUAUAUAUAUUAUAUUCCUCUUCUACAACUGUCACUUUUUUCUUUUCUGGUUACAACUCGUCUGUUCAUGUAUGUAUGUAUGUAUGUGUGUAUAUGUGUGUAUAUAUAUAAUCACCCACGUAUUCUGCAGCACUUUGCAAUAACCUGUAAGGGGAAGAUUACUAUCCCCUCCCACCCACGUUGCCUUCUCUCACACUUCCUUCUGCUGCAAUUUUUUUUUUGUUUUGUUUAAUUAAUUAAUUUUUUUUCAAACCCAUUCCUCGUUUCCACUACCUCCCUCCCUAGCCCAGGUGGCGCGCAUGCUCUCUGAGUCUGUGGAAUGGUCCAAUCACAGCUGCGAAACGAGGUCGGGGGAACUUCUCAUAGUGCCCAAUAGGGGAUAUAACAUGAAAUGUCCCCACUCAGAAGUGAUCGAGUAACUCUUUGAAUUGAAAGUUUACCUGCCAAUGUGUCGGCAGACAUCUUGGGUGAAUCCUGCUCUAACAGUUCACCUUGUUGCUUUCAUCUAAAAGGCAAAACCUAUAAUGAGACAGGAUUUUUUUUUUUUUUACAUCAUGUAAGAUUGAAUCAACCAUUAAUAAGGUAAACAUGGAAUGGGCGGCAGCACUGUAACAUGGCUUUGUAAUCUCAGAACACACAUUAAAUAAAGGGUACAGUGUUCAUCAAUCCAAAUACAUGUUGCCCUAGUGAAACUUUGAGUGCAGGGCUUAUUCCUGUUUAUUAAAUUAAUAAACAGCAUUUUUUUUUCUAUACUGUCCCUUUAAACAAUCUAGUGUUAGAUCCAGUCUUCCACUUGCUGCUGCUCUGUGAAGUUGCUGUGACCUUGCAUUGCACUUCACAGACCCCUUGACAUUUCAACUGACCUUCCAAGAAUUUGGAGUAUGGUCUCUCCUUUCAGCUGCCCUUCAGAGAAUGCCAGAGUGAUACGUCUUUAUUCUUUACUUGAAUUUCUGAUCAGAAACUUAAACAUUUGAUCCAACUCUUAGCCAUUCUUGUAACAGCCAAUAAAUAGGCUAUGUAGUCCUGUUGAAAAUGGGUGCUUGAUGUGAAUCUUUUGUUUGUAUUAUUUAUUUUGAGUAUUUAUUUGUUGAGCAGCGUGUUGUAACAAAAUUUAGGCAACACUGGCUUAUUUUGAAAAUUUCUCUAACUCUCUAUCUUCACACCUGGGUUUAUGUUGGCCUACAGUUUGCAAUUCACUACAAUAUCAGUAGUGUUUAGUUAAUAAACGCCAUAUAGUUUCCUUGUGAGUUUGGUUUAUAGUAUUUAAAGGGACAUUUCCUUUUGGGCCAAACAUUGUUUCAUAUUAAAACUGGAUUAAGAGAGCGGUUUAACCUCUAAAGUUGAGCUAGUGCCAGGGGCCUUCUGGCACCAUAACCACAUACACCCAUAUAUAAUGUUAUUAUGGUGCCCAAUUUAUUCCUUUAACAAACGCUACAAGGUGAAUAUAUCCGUACAACAAACACAUUUAUUAUGCAUGACAGAUGACAUGCUCUCUGUGUUUCAAAAUAGAAACCCAUAUUCCAGGGUACUUCAAAAUACUGACAGAGAAAGAAAGAGAGAGACAGGGGGUCAGAAGGUAUGUGCCCCUUUCACAUGUUGUUGAGGACCGUUAUGGUAUUUAAGGUCAUAUGUGUACUUUACCCUGUCAUACUUCCCUCACUACUAGUGAAUUAUGUCCUUCACUAAUUAAAUGUUAAAUUGAAAAAAAAAAUAAAAAAAAAAUUAUAUAUAUAUAUUUUGUGUGUGUGUGUGUGUAGAUCUUUACAUUUUUUUUUUAAAGAAGUAUUACUCUGUUGCAGCCACAAGAUGUUAUAGAGAACAUAGAAUGCCACUUCGGUUGGGUAACAUUCUAGCUGUAGGCACCAUGCCUGUGUAAACUGAACAUGAAUUUGCUAGUUUACAGGGUGAGCCCUGUUUGUAUUUAAAAAGUAAUUUUUAUCUGGAGGGAUAAUAUUUAUCAAAGUAAAACUGGCACUCCGUGAAUCGUGAUAACUGCAGCCUGUUUUGUUUACCAUGGGCUUCUGCAAGCACAGGGGAAAAGGACAUGCCUCCCGAGAUCCCCUUGUCCGUGCUAUGAAUCCCUUUUGUUGUUCUGCAGCCAUCACUGUUGGCUAUAUAUUGAGUGAUUAUUCCUGGGAGUGACUGGAGUAUGAAUCCAGCAAACGAACCCAUGCUUUUUUAGUGAUAAUUAGACUCUGAAAUGUCAUAUGAGCGAAACUUUGAACAUAUUUUUAAAACACAUGUAAUCUGAUGCUUUACAAUAGAACAUUAAUACAUUUACACCUUUAGGUUGCAGGAUAGCAUAUGGAUAGGUUAGGAUUGGAACUUUGCUAUUUGUUAGGGGAGCAGCAAUACAUUCUGCCUUCCACCUGGCAGGGUUUGAAAGUAUUGCCCAGCAGACAAUAUGUGCAAUUUACGUGCGAUAGGUAUAAAAUCAGCUAAUCGUUGCUCGAAUACUAAGGAAAAUUUCAUACCAUGCCUGACGUAAUGCAGAAUUCAUAAACCUCCUUGAAAAAUAGGCUAACCCUACUUACAAGGCCCUUUCAGGGACUCUCCAGGCAUCAAUACAACUUUAACGCAUUUGAUAGAUUUUGGCAUCUUUAAUAUGCUGUAUUUUUUGCAUCCUCAAAUCUUUUUUGUUUUUGCACAAAACAAAUACGUGUUUUGCAGCAUGCUGCUCCAUAAGCCUGCCUUGUUAGUGACACCAGAAAUACUUUCUUAUCAAAGGUAUGCACACAGCUCAGCCCCAACAACACACGAUGAGUGUCUCUUAAAGGGAAACUUAUGGUCACCAAAACAACUGUAACUUACUGAAACAGUAUUGGUGUUUAAAUCGUGCCGUCUCUCUUCUCUCAGAUAUUUAGGGGUUAAAUGACUAGUCACACCUCACUGCAUGUGACUUACACAGCCAUCCCAAACACUUCCUGCCAAGAGUUAUCUAGUCUUUACACUUCCCUUAUUGCACAUUCUGUUUAAUUUAGAAUUUUAAAUCUCCAGCUCUGUUUAUAGCUUGCUAGACCCUGCAGUGUUUAAUUUACACAGCAGGAGAUACAAACUUUUAAAGUAAGUUACAUCUGUUUGAAAAUUAAUCAACUUUGUUUUCAUGCAGGCUCUGUCAAUCAUAGCCAGGGGAGCUGUGAUUAGGGUUGCAUAAACAGAAACAAAAGUGAUUUAACUCCUAAAUGGCAGUACAUUGAGCUGUGAGAAUGCAGGGACAUGAUCUAUACAAUAAAACUGCUUCAUUAAAAGGACACUAUAGUCACCAGAACUACAUCAUGUAGUUAUUCUGGUGUCUAUAGCAUGUCCCUGCAGGAAUUUUAAUGUUAACAUUACUGCCCAGGGACACCUCCAGUGGCCACUCCUCAGAUGGCCACUAGAGGUGCUUCCUGAGUCAGUGCUGCAAUGAGACACUGAACUUUCCCCAUAGAGAUGGAUUGAUUCUGUGCAUCUCUCUGAGGAGAUGCUGAUUGGCUAGGGCGGCGUUUGGCUCUCCAAGGAGAGGAGGGUAGAGCCAGCACUGACGGACCCGUGCUGGAAAUAAUGUGAAUUUUUACUAUAAGAGGUCCAGGAGGGACACUAUAGGGUCAGGAAUACGUGUUUGUGUUACUGAUCCUAUAGUGUCCCUUUAAUUCACAAUCUGCCUGCAGACAGUCAGAGAGACUGUAAACAGGUAGUGAUAUCCUUGUAUUUCUCACUGGGUGUCCUCUCCUAAUAUAGGUUGUUUUGUUGUUCAGAUCAUAAGUGCUGUCUGUAGAUGAGCUGUGUGCAUAGAUAUUUGAUAAGGAAGUCUUUUUCUGGCGUGAGGGGGGCUUGGCUAAAGAGGCAGGCUUAUGGUGCAGCAUUCUGCAAAACAUUUAUUUCAUGGAAAAACUUGAACGAUAUGAACAUGCAAAAAAUAAGGCAUAUUAAAGGGACACUCUUGGCACCCAGACCACUUCAGCUCAUUGAAGUGGUCUGGGUGCUGUGUCCCUUUUGUACUUAGUGCUGCAAUGUAAAACAUUGCAGAUCCAGAGAACUGCAAUGUGUACAUUGCAGCUAUAAGUCUCAAGGGCCAUCUAGCUAAGCACUUUGUAUAAAAGAGCUCCAAUGGCUAGAUAUCAGCUUACGGGCAGGGCUCUCUUACCUCUUGUAUUUGUUUGUGUAUAUUGUACGUUUCUCAACUCAUUGUACAGCACUGCGGAAUCUGUGUGCGCUUUAUAAAUUGCAAUAAUAAAUAAUAAAUAAAUAAAUAAGUCUGCCCUCAGUAGCUGUCUCCCAUAUAGCCACUAGAGAACUUCCGGAAUCCAAACGGACCUUUGGUCCGUUAUCUGAUGCUGGACGUCCUCACGCUCUGCAUGAGUAAAUCCAGCGUCAGAUUUUUCCACAUAGGAAAGCAUUGAUUAAAGGGACACUAUGGUCACCCAGACCACUUCAGCUUAAUGAAGUGGUCUGGGUGCCAGGUCCCUCUAGGGUUAACCCUGCCUGCUGUAAACAUAGCAGUUUCAGAGAAACUGCUAUGUUUACAUUUGGGGUUAAGCCAGCCUCUAGUGUCUCUCUUAAGGACAGCCACUAGAGGCGCAUCUGCGACGCUGGAGGCAUAUUAUGCCUCGCUCAUGCAGAGCGUCCAUAGGAAAGCAUUGAAAAAUGCUUUCCUAUGGACACUUUGAAUGCGCGCGCGGCACUGCCGCGCAUACGCAUUCCGCUGACGUCGGCGGGGGAGGAGAGGUAAGGGAGCCCGGCGGUGGAAGAAGGUAAGUAACCACGGGAGGGGGACCCGGAGUAUAGGGUACUAUAGCGCUGAGGGAGGGGGGCACCUUAGAAAUGUAUAGUGCCAGGAAAACGGUUUUGUUUUCCUGGCACUAUUAGAGCCCUUUAAUGAGGCCAAAACCUGUCAAACGCAUUAAAGUAGUGUUGGUGUCCUUUAAGUUGCAGAAUUAGUGUGACUGCAGAUAAAAUUUGGAUUGAGUAGAGCUCUACUGCAGUGGUUAAAUAGUUUACCAUUUUUAGUCAUUUAAUUUUCUUAAGUUUAAGAUAUCAUGAUAUGAUGUGCUUAAUUUGUAAAUCCUCCGUUUUAGACCACGUGUUAAAUGAGAACUCACUGAAUUUUGAAUUGACAAGUAUACAGGGAGUCCGCUCUUUUGCGAAUUCAGCAGUAGUUUUGUAGUAAAACCACUAUUGCAUUCAGCGUUGGUUUAAUAAAUAGUCAAUGGGGUGCAGUUGUCGGGUUCUCACCAAAUCCAGGGGUUGUGAUCUAUGUGUGCCAGGAACUUGGACUAAAUAUCGCAGUGCAUAUAGAUACUUUGUAAAUAAAUAUAUUGAUGUUUUGUAGUCACAAAUUAGGAAUUGAGAUCACAUGCCUGGCAUUGUUAACAUCUACCUUUUCAUUCAUUAUUUUCCUUUUUUUCCCCCUUUCUUUUGCUGAGUCAACAGGUCUUGGCACGGUUUAAUAUGCCAGCUAAACUUUCUUCAAAUCUCCUCUAUUUACCAUGUGCCACACCUAGCCAUGAAUUGAAAAGCUAAUUGUAACGAAUUCACCUGACUAAUUUCUCUACCUCAGAUAGAGAAUCUUGACAAAGAACGUUUUAACCACUUCAGGAGAAAGGGACAGAUUACAUAACACUCCUAGCACGUAAUCUGUCACGAAGGGAUUAAAUAGAAAAUGUCAAAAGAGGGGUUUUAUUUGCACAAUCAAGUAGCUAACUUAAAGUUAGCAACUGAUUUACUGUUUAAUAUUUUUACAGUUCAUGUUUUCCUUUUUUCUUUUCUUUUUUUUUAUUAUUUGAAUAUAGAGAAUAAUCCAGGAAUUCCAAACAAGGCAGUUUUAUUGGAACCAAAGAACAGAAAGCAACGUUUUGACCCCAUAGGGUCUUUGUUUUUUUUUUAAUGGCCGACUGGGAAAGGAAUUUAAAUUAGUUUAACCCCAUCAUACACUGAGCAUGGUACUACGGCACUACUGAAGGGAUGGAAGCUCUUAUAUUAUUUUUGUGUAGGUGCAUACGCGCACCUUAGGCAUCAUGGGUCAACAAAGUCCUCUACAAUGCAGAAGUGCAGAUGAGGUCAGCAUGCUUGUGUUUUGUUUUGUUUUUGCAAAAAAAUAUAUUUUAGGUGGAAAACCCAAAAUAGGAUGUGAGUGGAAUACUUAAACAUGUAGUACCCCUUCACACUUUUGGGGUAUACAUUUACAAAUCCCAUUUAUCAUUUGAAAAACAAAGAAAAUGAUACAACAGUGUAAUACUGUAAAAAACAAUUAGAAACAAUAUAAACUAGUUUGAUAGUAAGGUGUUAGACUCACAUUUAAAAGAGCCUUUAAAGAUCGUCUCUAAUCUCAUGACUUCUGUGCUAUUAGGCAGCACACCAUCACUCCUCUCGAUCUCUUCUACAUUAAACUUAGAGCGGGAGCCAAAACCAGUGCCGGAUCUUCAGUAUAUCUGGAUGUAUAACCAUCAGCAAGAGAUACUUCCUCACCUUGUAUAAAACCACAGGGAGACCGCCGCUCUAGUUAUAAUGUAACAUAAUGCCCUUAACCCCUUAAGGACACAUGACAUGUGUGACAUGUCAUGAUUCCCUUUUAUUCCAGAAGUUUGGUCCUUAAGGGGUUAAAGGACGGCACACCUCUUAUUGAAGCAUAGCAGACCUAGAUAUUUAUCUAGUCGCAAUAUUGAUAAAAAUAAAUUUAUUUUUUUUAAAGUACAACCUAUGUCCUUAUGUCAGCCUCUAAGAUGUGUUUUUUGCUUUUUGAAGUUUCUCAACCAGCACACAGUAAUUACACUAUUGUCUAAUGUCGUCUUUGUUAUUUUUAUUUUUUUUGUAAACUCAAAAAAUGGAUCGAAUUGUAAAUGGGGUGCGUUCACUAAAUUAUUAAUCUUAUUUUGGGUUUUAACCUAAAAUAUAUUUUUAUUUGCAAAAUAAAUAGCUGCACUUCUGCGUUGUAGAUGACUUUAUUGCCCUAUGAUGCCUCAGGCGCGCUUAUGCAUCUACACAUAUAUGAUAUAAGAGAAUGUGCACUCAGGCAUUCCUUCAGUCGUUUUUUUUUUUUUUUUUUAUGUUUUCAUUUAAUGUUUAUUACAAGAUGAAUACCUACAGGAGUGUAGGAGCAUCUUGUUUACUGGUUCAAGAGACUGCAUUCACACAGUUUUCACUUUUAAUGUAUUUGGGUGUUUUGGGUUAGACUAAACCUUACUGGCAUGGCCCCUCCUCGCUAGAAUAAAAAAACACAAAAGCUUGGCACUCACCACACACAGAUAUACUGCGUUACAUACCCUGGUGCUAACCACAUUUAGUAGAUAAGUCUUGGGAAAAGUAGGUGCACUCACAGGUUUUUUGAAGAAAUAAUUAGUGUUAUUUAAUGCAUAUAAGCAAAAGUGCCAAACUUGUCCUGAUCAACGUUUCGACUCCUACCUGGGUCUUUUUCAAGAUCUUGUUCUGGUCCUCACCACAGCAAGAAUAGCACAUCUGUGAAAGCAUAGGGAUAUAGUUGACAGUAACUGCUCCAUUCUGAUACCAAAAUCCGCAAGCAUUUUGUCCUCAUGGGGUCGAUGCGUUAAUUGUCCCAGUGGGAGAAAGUGGAAAGAGAAAGGGUUUGUGCAUUAACAUUGAACUCCAGGCCACAACAGCAUCAUCUGGGCUGGAGAGAAAAUAAGCAUUAAUAUCUCCUAAACCUGUGGAUUAGAUCAUAUACCCUAAUGAUCUCAAAUAUAUUAAUUACUAAAAAACAAAAACAAAAAAAAACACACCUGAAAAUAUAUAAGUAUAUAAAAGUUAAUAUUAUUAUUUAUGAUUUUUUUUAUUCCCCACCCCCACCCGAUAGAUGUAGCCUUUGCAUUGCUGCGUUAAGUAGAAUACUGUGUAAGGUACAAAUGAUGACACCUAUUUAAUCUUACAUAUAAACACAGGAAAAUAUAUCCUGCAGUAUUUAUAAAUUACCAAAAACAUUUAGUUUUAAUGCAGGUUUAAAAUAACAUGCACAAUGGUGAAUGUCCAAAAAUCUGCAUUAAUGCAAAUACUUGUGUUCUGUGCAGCUAACACGACACGUGCAUCCUAUACACUUACUAUUAACUGAUUUAUGAAGCAUCUUUAUAAACUCAGCCAUUUUGCACCUGGCAGUGACCAUAUGGAGUGCAUAGAGGUAAAAGGAGAAAUAAAACAAUGGUUAUUUUUUCCUUCCUCAUUUGCAUGGUGUGCCCUGGUUGUGCCUUGACUGAAUUGGAUUGUGAUGUCAUUUUGUAGAUUUUUAAUGUAUAUUUAAAAGAAAACAGAGCAUCACAUGAAAAAAGGUUAAAAUACCACUAAAGGCUCAACGAAGUGGUCUGGGUGCAGUGGUCCUUUAGUUUUAACCCGGCAACAUUGACUUUUAAUCAGCUGGCUAGGUAUUAUACACGAUUAAGGCCUGUUAUCCAAAAUGCAUGCUGUUUUAUUUCCAAUGCAAUUUAAAGGACCACUAUAGGCACCCAGACCACUUCAGCUCAAUGAAGUGGUCUCGGUGCCAGGUCCAUCUAGGGUUAAAGGCAGGGACGUUUUAGCCGCGAGGCAAACAAGGCAUUUGCCUUGGGCGGCAUUUUCCAGGGGGCAGCAAGAAAAGCCGCCCCCAAAUGCCCAGGGCAAAUAUCUUGUUAGCCUUACGGCUAACUGAUAUGCUGGGCGGGCUCUGAAACUGCUAUGUUUACAGCUGUAGGGUUAACCAGUGGUGUAUCCUGGUUUUGUGCUGCCCUAGCCUCCUUACCUCCUGGUUUUGUCCCCCCCCCCAGCCUCCUUACCUUUGGGAAUGCUGGGGGGGGGGGGGAGGUUCAGUGGCUGCUGGGAGGGCGGCGCUGGCGGACGGCUGGCGAGGGAGCACAUCCUCUGAGCUGUCUGCCCAGCUCCCUUGCACGCCGCAGAGUGAGGCUGGGAGCCGGAAUAUGAUGUCAUAUUCCGUCUCCAAGCCUCACUCUGCGGGCGGCGCGCAAGGGAGCUGAGCAGACAGCUCAGAGGAAAUGCUCCCUCACCAGCCGCCCGCCAGCGCCGCCCUCCCAGCAGCCACUGAACCCCCCCCCAGCAUUCCCAAAGGUAAGGAGGCACUGCUAUGUUUACACUAGUGUUAAUCCAGCCUCUAGUGGGUGUCUCAUUGACAGCCACUAGAGGCGCUUCCGCGCUUCUCACUGUGAAAAUCACAGUGAGAAGACGCCAGCGUCCAUAGGAAAGCAUUGAGAAAUGCUUUCCUAUGGACUGUUUGAAUGCACAUUCAGCACUGACGUCGGAAGAGGGAGGAGAUUUCCCCAGCGCCGGGUGAGCCCGGCGCUGGGGAAAGGUAAGCUUUUAAUCCCUUCCUCCCCCUUCAGCCCAGCGGGAGGGGGACCCUGAGGGAGGGGGGGGGACCUAAAGACCCUAUAGUGCCAGGAAAACUAGUUUGUUUUCCUGGCACUAUAGUGGUCCAUUUAAACAAAUUCUUUUUAUGAUGAUUACCCCGUGAACCCUGUAUACUCCAUUGGGAUACAUUGGGGUUUUGCUAAUUUUUUUAUAUAGAGUUUACAAGAAAAUAAUUAGUAGAGAAAAAAAGGGUACAAGUAAAACUGUGGGAAACAUAAACUUUAUGCCCACAGUCUACUGGUACAUAGUUAGCAAUCCAUAUUGAAUAAAUAAAAUAUAACUUUUAAUAGGUAAUUUAAAAUAGUAACACAGUCACAAAAUGUCUAAUUAGCGCAAUCGCUACAACCAAAGCUAAAUAGAUUCAGCGACAGGAGAGAGACAAAGGAAAAUAAUAAAUAUCAUGAAAUGGUGCCUAUAUAUAUUGCUGGCACAAGUAAGAAGGGAAAACGACAGGGUUAAAUGAAAAGUAGAGCCCAAUAUCCCUGUUAUGUAUCGCUACUCCCGUUUCCCAAUCUCACUCAAAAUCGAUUUCUAACUCUCUAUAAUAAUCGCUAGCUGAGUAUGGCUGACAAAAGGUAGAGAAAAAAGUCUAAACUAAUAAAGCGUCUAGAACUGAAUAAAAUAAAAUAAAUGAAGCAGAGGGGUGGCUGUAAGUUUACUAAAUCGUAGUAGGAUCGUCCCUGUCUGCCUCCCACACCCUCUGCUGCACUGCACCCGACGCGCGUUUCGCCGUAAAACGGCUUUUCAAGGGAACCGGGUAAACGGACAGCAUGUCAUUUAAAUAGCCCGCCCUCUCUCCGGAUUGGCUGAUAGUUUAGCCGAAAUGAGAGAGGGGAGGGGCAAGUGAGGAAAGUGUCUCAGAGCCCUAUCCCUCACAGUUAACCCUUAGAGGUCCAGUAUACUGUGAAGAGAAAUAGGGCUGGAUAGAUAUAUUGAUAAAUAGAUAUGGUGAAUAUCAAAAUGAAACGUUUAAAUCAAAACCAUAUAUAAAUCAAAAAUAAAAUACAUGUAGAUAGCUGGACUUAACAAGUUAUAAAAUAGUAGUGUCCUCGUUGUAAUGUAAAAUAAAGGGGAUAACUACAGGACAAGAAAGCAUAAGGUCUUAUGUGGUAAAAACCUGAACUAGAAAUUAAAUUGAUAUAUGGACCAUUUGGUAACAAGAAAUUUGUCCAAUAUGUUGCUGAAUGGUAAAAACACAUAAUUGACUACCUUGUACUGCCUAUAUUGAUAUAGUGAAAUGUAAUAACUAAUGUUAAGAUUUGGAACACUUAAUCCAAUGGUUAUAUUCAUAUUGGAAAAAAAACCAUAAAUCUAAUUCUCCCAAGUUAUUUUGGAAUCUUGAAGUCAAAGAAAAAAAUCAAAGAAAGAUUCCCAUGUAGAAGAACCAUACACUUUUGGCUAUCAAUGUAAAUGACCAUAGGGCCACUUUAUGAUAAAAACUCUUCAAUAGCCAGGAGGAAACAGGUCAAUUUGUCUUUAUGCAUGAAUAAAUGGAGUGAAAUUAAACUCCUCAUUUAAUCCUUUCGGAUAUAAAGUUUGAAAGGAAUAGAUCCAACGGGACUCAGCUUUAAGAAGGGCAACGUUAAUAUCUCCCUUCCGAUGGUUCUGAAACAUUUUUUGGAUCACCUAAAAUUUAAGUACAUUCGAUUUAGAGGCAUGAUUCAGGCGUACAUGCUUGGCAAUUGGUGUAUCAAUGCGUGGGUUCGUAAUGGAAUUGAUGUGUUGUAAAAUCCGUCUGCGUAGUUGUUGAUAAGUUUUUCCAAUGUACUGUAGCCCACAUUCACAUGUUAUGAGAUAAAUCACAUUAGUGGAGCUGCAGUUGAUAAAUGAAUUCACCACUACGUCUUUAGAGGUUCGUUUGUUAUGUACAGUUUUUGAGGGAAGUAUAAAGUCACAGGCCUUACAAUGGCCGCACUUGAAGAGACCUUUGGUUUGAAGCCAAGUAGAUGUAAUUUGUGCUGGUUUUAGAUGGCUAUGUGUUAGAUGGUCUGCCAGAUUCUUUGCUCUGCGAUAGGUCAUUGAGGGUUGUUCAGUGAUAGUAUUUUUUAGGCAAGUAUCAUACUGUAAUACUGGCCAGUUUUUACUCAACACCUGUAGUGCUUGGUUCCAGUCUUUGUCAAAGGUGCCUAUAAACCUCGUAACCCCUGGAGUUGUAGAUUUAUUUUUCGGGGGUUUGUGCAGACUUUCUAUCCUAUCUACAGCUUUAGUUCUUUGAUAGGCUCUUUUUAAUAUUCUGUUGGGGUAGCCAAGAUUCUUGAAUCUGUUUUUUAAUUCCUUCGCCUCCUUUUCAUAAUCUUCCUGAUUCGAGCAGUUUCUUUUGGCUCUUAAAUAUUGGCCAUAGGGUAUGUUGGCCUUGAUAUGAUAUGGAUGGAAGCUCUGCCAGUGAAGCAAACUGUUGGUUGCUGUGGGUUUUCUAUAGAGUGAUGUAGAGAUUAGUCCAUCCUCUUGGAUAGUACAAGGCCUUCAGUCCCACAUACGGGACACUAAACAGACGCUAUUGACUUUGGAAAACCUUACAGUGCCACCUUAUACGUCUCUGGCGAGUCUAGACGUGGUGGCACUGUAUAAUAACAUUCCACAUGAUAAAGGUUUAGCAGGUGUAGCUUAUUUCUUAGAAAAGGCUGAGACUUUCAAUGAACAGGAACAUCGGUUCAUUUUGCGGCUAUUAGAAUUUGUGUUAACACACAAUUAUUUUACAUUCAAUGGGAAAUAUUUUUUACAACUCCGGGGCACAGCUAUGGGAUCAUCGUGUGCACCCAGUUAUGCCAACCUAUUUCUGGGUUGGUGGGAAGAGACCAUGGUAUUUAUUGACUCAAAUGCCAUUUUCACUUCAUCUAUAUUAAAAUGGUAUCGCUAUAUAGAUGACGUGCUAAUUUUCUGGAUAGGUCCCUUUACGUUGUUCAAAGAAAUGGUAGACAUACUUAAUGUAAAUUCAAUCAAUCUUCAACUUACUCACGUCAUACAUGUUAAACAACUGGUAUUCCUGGAUUUAUUGAUUAGCAUCCAAGAGGAUGGACUAAUCUCUACAUCACUCUAUAGAAAACCCACAGCAACCAACAGUUUGCUUCACUGGCAGAGCUUCCAUCCAUAUCAUAUCAAGGCCAACAUACCCUAUGGCCAAUAUUUAAGAGCCAAAAGAAACUGCUCGAAUCAGGAAGAUUAUGAAAAGGAGGCGAAGGAAUUAAAAAACAGAUUCAAGAAUCUUGGCUACCCCAACAGAAUAUUAAAAAGAGCCUAUCAAAGAACUAAAGCUGUAGAUAGGAUAGAAAGUCUGCACAAACCCCCGAAAAAUAAAUCUACAACUCCAGGGGUUACGAGGUUUAUAGGCACCUUUGACAAAGACUGGAACCAAGCACUACAGGUGUUGAGUAAAAACUGGCCAGUAUUACAGUAUGAUACUUGCCUAAAAAAUACUAUCACUGAACAACCCUCAAUGACCUAUCGCAGAGCAAAGAAUCUGGCAGACCAUCUAACACAUAGCCAUCUAAAACCAGCACAAAUUACAUCUACUUGGCUUCAAACCAAAGGUCUCUUCAAGUGCGGCCAUUGUAAGGCCUGUGACUUUAUACUUCCCUCAAAAACUGUACAUAACAAACGAACCUCUAAAGACGUAGUGGUGAAUUCAUUUAUCAACUGCAGCUCCACUAAUGUGAUUUAUCUCAUAACAUGUGAAUGUGGGCUACAGUACAUUGGAAAAACUUAUCAACAACUACGCAGACGGAUUUUACAACACAUCAAUUCCAUUACGAACCCACGCAUUGAUACACCAAUUGCCAAGCAUGUACGCCUGAAUCAUGCCUCUAAAUCGAAUGUACUUAAAUUUUAGGUGAUCCAAAAAAUGUUUCAGAACCAUCGGAAGGGAGAUAUUAACGUUGCCCUUCUUAAAGCUGAGUCCCGUUGGAUCUAUUCCUUUCAAACUUUAUAUCCGAAAGGAUUAAAUGAGGAGUUUAAUUUCACUCCAUUUAUUCAUGCAUAAAGACAAAUUGACCUGUUUCCUCCUGGCUAUUGAAGAGUUUUUAUCAUAAAGUGGCCCUAUGGUCAUUUACAUUGAUAGCCAAAAGUGUAUGGUUCUUCUACAUGGGAAUCUUUCUUUGAAUUUUUUCUUUGACUUUAAGAUUCCAAAAUAACUUGGGAGAAUUAGAUUUAUGGUUUUUUUUCCAAUAUGAAUAUAACCAUUGGAUUAAGUGUUCCAAAUCUUAACAUUAGUUAUUACAUUUCACUAUAUCAAUAUAGGCAGUACAAGGUAGUCAAUUAUGUGUUUUUACCAUUCAGCAACAUAUUGGACAAAUUUCUUGUUACCAAAUGGUCCAUAUAUCAAUUUAAUUUCUAGUUCAGGUUUUUACCACAUAAGACCUUAUGCUUUCUUGUCCUGUAGUUAUCCCCUUUAUUUUACAUUACAACGAGGACACUACUAUUUUAUAACUUGUUAAGUCCAGCUAUCUACAUGUAUUUUAUUUUUGAUUUAUAUAUGGUUUUGAUUUAAACGUUUCAUUUUGAUAUUCACCAUAUCUAUUUAUCAAUAUAUCUAUCCAGCCCUAUUUCUCUUCACAGUAUACUGGACCUCUAAGGGUUAACUGUGAGGGAUAGGGCUCUGAGACACUUUCCUCACUUGCCCCUCCCCUCUCUCAUUUCGGCUAAACUAUCAGCCAAUCCGGAGAGAGGGCGGGCUAUUUAAAUGACAUGCUGUCCGUUUACCCGGUUCCCUUGAAAAGCCGUUUUACGGCGAAACGCGCGUCGGGUGCAGUGCAGCAGAGGGUGUGGGAGGCAGACAGGGACGAUCCUACUACGAUUUAGAAAACUUACAGCCACCCCUCUGCUUCAUUUAUUUUGUUUUAUUCAGUUCUAGACGCUUUAUUAGUUUAGACUUUUUUCUCUACCUUUUGUCAGCCAUACUCAGCUAGCGAUUAUUAUAGAGAGUUAGAAAUCGAUUUUGAGUGAGAUUGGGAAACGGGAGUAGCGAUAUAUAACAGGGAUAUUGGGCUCUACUUUUCAUUUAACCCUGUCCUUUUCCCUUCUUACUUGUGCCAGCAAUAUAUAUAGGCACCAUUUCAUGAUAUUUAUUAUUUUCCUUUGUCUCUCUCCUGUCGCUGAAUCUAUUUAGCUUUGGUUGUAGCGAUUGCGCGAAUUAGACAUUUUGUGACUGUGUUACUAUUUUAAAUUACCUAUUAAAAGUUAUAUUUUAUUUAUUCAAUAUGGAUUGCUAACUAUGUACCAGUAGACUGUGGGCAUAAAGUUUAUGUUUCCCACAGUUUUACUUGUACCCUUUUUUUCUCUACUAAUUAUUGUUUCAAUAGGGGUUACCCCCCAUUUUCAUCUAUAGCAAUCUUGACACACUCUUUCCUCUCUCUGUUUUUUCUAUCUAAAUACAAUUUACAAGAAAAUGGAGCAUCUCAUGCAAAAACGAUUUAACACAAGUAAAAGGUCAGGGGUAGGAAAAGUUUUAGUGGCACUGUACGGAAACAAGCCAUUGAAGUCCCUUCGUGUGCUGAUCCUAUUUUGUUUUUUUUUAAUAAACUUGUGUGUGUGUAUAUUGCUGCUUGUGUUAUACAUAGGUCCUUCAGCUGGUUGUAUGUGAGCAGUGAUUAAUGUAUAUGUUCAUGGACCGUUUGUGGUUAAGCACACAGUUACACAUUGCUACACACAAUCACACACACAUUCAUAGUGCUGUUUUUAGCCACCCUCCUUUCUACUUACCAUUUAGAACCAGGGUGGCUUUUCUGGGGUCCAAUGGGGCCAGGGUGGCCAGGUGCAGAUCAUGGGCAGGUGUUCUGGCUGGAUGCUCUCCUUUACAAGUGCUAAGAGCAAGUGAUCUGAGAUCAGUUCUUAGUACUAACACUGCUACAUACCAAUUAAGGGCUUCCCCUCUCCACCUGCUGCAAUCACACUAUAGCAGAUAUCGUAAGGAGUCCUACUGGGACCGCUGUCAGCCCAGCUCCAGAGGGGAUCCUCUGGUUUGGGGUCUGGCUCUUUGCAUACCAUAGGUUGCUGACCCCUGUAAUAGGUGAUUUUUAAUGUUUAAUUUAGUAGUGGAAAUUGCAGAAAAUUUCCAUUUAAAAGGAAGUAGUCACAAUUUCUGUUGUAACGUUUUUGAUAACUUCCCGUACCGAUUUUGCCGUUCCUUCUUUGAAAUUUAAUUUCACCCUCUUUUCAGGUGAUGUGGGACAGCCUUGAGUGCUGAUCAAAGGUUAACUGACCGUUUUGCAACAGUUUGUCACAUUCCAUGUAUUGGUGAUUUGUGUUAAAGUGCAAAACUGCCAGAAAAAUCUGUCUUGUAUCUUUUUAUAAGGAAUGGCAUUUCUCCUAUACACUGUGCUAGCCAAAUCAAGUAUUGUUCAGGAAUUUUCUUUUACAAAUUUAGGGUAUAUUUGGAAUUCUUAAACAACCCUGCUUAUCUCUUGGUUGCACUACCAUCUUUCCACCACACGAUGGAGGUCUUUUACUAAAAAUAUUUUUCCACAUCUUGUGAACAAUGUUUCAAGCAGUGAUUGAAACAAACAUUUGACAACCCCUGUGUUAUUAUUAUUAGCAUUUAUAUAGCGCCAACUUAUUCCACCGUGCUUUACAAUAUUAUAAAAAUUGUGAAAUUUAACAAUAAAUUAGACAAUUAUAAAAUGUUACAGGGUCAAUAGGUUGAGGAGGACCAUCCUCAAACAAGUUUUUCUCUUAAACUGUUUUGACACCUUUAUAAGUACCACAGAUUACAAUGCAGAGUGCAAAAAUAAUAUUUAAAUUUGUUUUGAACUCCCUGACAUCAUGAAACCUCACCAAUGUAUGUUGUUUGCUCUGGCCAAGCUGCAGUACUCUGCAUUCGAAGUGUUCCUUUAAUUGCCCGGUGGGAAUAACAAUGCCAAUACAUUUAAAGGACCUCAUUCAGGUUGUUAUCCAGUGUGCUCACAGCAUACUUUGAGCUGGUUUGUGGGCACUUCUGUUCAAUGGCCACACUAGAUGGAAACCAUUGGACUUGUUCAUAACAUUUUGGUAGAUGGAUACACAGCCUGUAUCAAAGUCUACAGAUGGAAGUAUGUGUAACAUUUAACACUGAGAACCACUGCAAACACAUGGAGUAAAAACCCCCAUCCGAGGUGUAUAACAAAUAUUUCAAUAAACAGAUACUCAUACAGAUUAUUCUCCUUUGUAUUAGGCGUUGUAGUUGCAUGAGACUGAAAAUGGUCCUACGGGAUUUUAUAGGUUUUUCUCCGAUUUAGUUUAUACAUUUACCAUCAUUUCUUGAGUACAUUGCAUCAGUUAAAGGAAUACGCCAAGCACCAUAACCACUACAUUGCACUGUAGUGUCUAUGGUUCCAGGAGUGCUCUGGCGCUCCCUAUUGUCAGUUGUCAAAUUGUACAGUAACAGUAUGAUUUCUUGUCAUCUGCCAGACACUGCUGCCUACCUUCACGACAAUCUACAGGGAGCCUGCUUAGGAGCUACCAUUAGUUCUCUUGGACUAAAUGUACAGUGUAAAGUUAGGUUAUUUGCUGAUUGUUCCCAGCCAAUGAGCUAAGCCUUGCACCAUCCUAAAAUUGUUGAAUUUAAAAGCUUGAUAUACUUAUUUAGAUGCUAUGGUUACUACCUUCAAUAAAUUGCUUCUACAAUGUUGGUCCAAGCAGUGAUCAUUCUCAUCUCCCCCGGCACCUGGCAUUUGGGAAGCCUUGCAUUACGUCAAGUGCUGAAGGCAGCAGGCUUGCGAGGAAGCUGUGGAAUCUGCACUUCCUGCACAUGACUGUGUUCAAGCCGUGUCUUUAGCGUGGGCUGUUGGCUCUGACAUACCUUACUUUGUGUUACAGGGACGCAUGCAAAAUGCCAAACUCUCUGAAUGUAAUAAACGCUUCUGACAGUUUUUUUUUUUUUUUCUCUCUCUGGAAUAUAUUGGUUAAAGUACAUACCAACAGGGAAUUAUAUUAUACCGAAGGAACACACCUAGGUAGAUUUAUUUAUUUUUAACCAGAGUGCUUUUAUAGGGGGUGAAAAGUUAUGUUAUAAUUAUUAUUAUUUUUAAAAAAAAAAAUUAAAUUCUUUAUUUUUGUAUUGACCGCAUAUGAUCUGAUUUGACGUUGCCAACAAUGUAGUAACAUGUUGAUGCAGCAUAUGUUUCUUGCAGGUACAAUACAGGUGUCAGUUGUUACAUUAGUUUGCCUUAAGGCUCUUAUAUGAGCACUUGCCGUCCAAAACUUUUUUGUUUUAUUAGACAACGUAGAAAGGGAGGAAUAGAAGCAAUUAAGAAAAAAGGUGUGUGUGGAAUAAGAGAGAUGUCUAUUGUCCCCUGAGAGUGGGAUGUGUGGGAUUUAACGUUUGAACUUGUUCAUUGUGUAUUACCCCAUUGUGGAGUGCGCCUCCAGAAGGGAAGCGCUGGACCACCAGCCCCUCUGCAGAGCGUUCCCUGUACCCCCAGCGGCUCUGUCUGCCCUUCCCCAAGCCUCCCCUUAGGGCCCCCGGCCAAGGCUCCUUUGUGGGCUGAAUGCCAUGGCCCCGGCCAGGCUCCCCCGGUGAACCCUUCCCCGCGCCCAGGUCCCCGCUCAGCUAUGUCUGGACCAGAGCUUGCAGGUGGCCCAAAGGACAGUACAGUAAUAAAUAAGAAGAGAAAGAGAGGCUUGAGUGUCCAUCACCGCUGCCCGUCCCCUUAGUCAAGUGCAUUUAAUCCAUCCAGGGUUCCCAAACUUUGAUAAAUUUGGAUUCUGAGUUCCGCACUUUGGUAGUGAGUUCGUCCAUAACGUGGUUGUCUCCAAUUUUCUGAAUCACUGCUUGUAUGGAGGACUUAUAUUUUGAGCCAAGCCCCUGCCAUUGCUCUCUGUGCUGCCAAAGGUAUUAGUCAGUAGUUUAUUUGUGUGUCUGGGUAAGCCCUCUAUGGGGCGCGAUAGGAGGAAUGUCUAUGGGGACAAGGUUAUCAGCAUCUGCCGUACCUUGGAGGUUAAGUCCCUGACUCCCUUCCAGAAACUGUGUAGCUUGGGUCAAUCCCACCACAUGUGGAAAUAGGUCCCCUUUUGGCCACACAAUCUCCAGCAUAAGUAUUUUGGGUUUUGACCUACUCUGUGUAAGAAAACUGGGGUGACAUACCACCGGAACAGUAUCUUAUACAUUAGUUCUUGUGACAUGACUCAUACGGAGACUUUGGAUGCUGUUUUCUAAAUUUCCUGCCACUCUAUGCCCUCUAGGGUUUCUCCUAUGUCUGCUUCCCAUUUAUCUAUAUAGAUCAUGUCUCCCCAUACUGAGGGUUCUUCGCCAAGAUGUGUGUACAGAAGGUAGAUGAGACUUUUGCGGUAGUUUCCGUCAUUGCAGAGGUGUUCAAAUGUGGUAGGUGUCUUUGUUGCCCCUUCCUUAACCCUGGGGAGUAUGCGAAGUUGCGUAUUUGUAUGUAACGGAAAAAGUCAGAGGGAGUGAGUGGAGUCUCCUGUCGUAAACGUUCAAAGCGAAGUAUAGUGUUCCCUUGCCACAGGUGGUGAAACCUACCUAUAGCGGUAUACAGGUGAUAUGGGUGAAGGAGUGCUUGCUAGAUUGAACUUCUCCCUGGUUUGGUCCCACAGGUCUAAGGGAUUGAGAAUCGAUGGGCAUGCUGUAUAUCGUAUUUCAUUAAUCCUGCCUCUAUGUCUGCCCACCUAGGAGGUGCUUACCACAUCACUAGCUGUGCUAGUUGUGCAAGGUAAUAGUAUAGAAGGAGAUCCGGUAGGCCCACCCCCGUCUCUUGGGCAGUAUAGUAAUCAUCAAAUCGUUGUGCUAUUCUAUGUCAUUUGCGCUGCCUUAUAAAGUCAUCUAUUGUGGACUGGAGGGUUGCUAUGUCUUUGUUUAUCUUAAUGGGUAGUGCCCGGAAUAGGAACGGCAGCCUGGGCAGGAUGUUCAGCUUGAUGCAGUGUAUGCAUCCUAUCCAUGAUAUGGGUUUUUCCUGGCAGCUCUCUAUUUCCAGUUUCAGUGUUCGUAGGAGGGGUGUGUAGUUGGGAGUGUCUGUCCUAAGGUGAUCCCUAGGUAUUUGAAGGACUUCUUUAGAGGUAUGUGGUGGGUCAGUGCGAGCUGGGCUGCCUCAGAGUCUGGUUUGUGAAAUGUUAGAGCGUCGGAUUUAGUGUAAUUGACCUUAAAGCCAGACACUUCCCCGAAUUUGUUUUGGAGUAGGGGUUUUGCAGUGAGAUUAGAACAUCGUCUGUGUAGGCGGGAGUUUUGUAGCAUUUUGUCCCUAUGUCCAUUCCAUGGAUAAAGUUGUUAUUGCGAAUCAGGUGUAGGAGUGGUUCGAUUAAGAGAGAGAAUAGGGUCGGUGAGGGUCACGGAGUAGUAGCUAUCCAGCCCCUGCGCCUUUCCCCCCUUGCCACCUUAAUCUCAUCCUCUGUGUAUUCUGCUACUAGUGUUGCCUUCAUUUCUGGGGGGUAGCUUAAGUGAACUAAGAUAGGUCAUUAAUUUGUCUUCUUCCAUCAGGUUGUUUGUCUCAGAUGCGGUGAGCGGUCAUAUAGACCCGCGUAAAAUUCGUGGAAGGCUUUGUAGAUGUCUUCAGGGGAGGAGACAAUGGCCCGGAAGAUGUCCGGAUGGCUGAGAUGGGUUUGAAUCGUUGCCUUGGAUGCAGGCACCAGGCCAGCGGGGUGUCUAUCGUGUUCGCUCUUUUGUAGAAAUAGCGUCUGGAGAGUUUCAUUUACCAGGCAUCGUCCUCUAGUAAUAGCCUUUUAAUUUGGUGUCGAGCGUCUUGAAGGGCGGUCAAUGUUGCUUCCGAAAGGACAGCCUUGUGUCUCGACUCUAAUGUCCAGAGGGAUAUUUGUAGUGAGAAAAGCGAUUUGGGUUUUUAGCUUUUUCCUGUAUGAAUGCCUGUUUGGAACUCUCAGCUUAUUCGGCCAUCAGCAAUCUCUGCCCAUAAUUAUGAAUAUUUUGAAUAUUCAGUGAUCGUGUACAUUCCUCAAACUACAGCUUAACAUAAUUGUUUGUUUUUAAGUCCCCUACUAAAUUUUACUUAAAGGGUUUCUCCAAACACCAUGGCUAAUUCAGUUAUUUGAAGUGGUCAUCAUGCCUGCAGUGUAUAACUCCACCUCUGGCAGUGUCUUAGGGGCGUCAUCAGCUAGCUCAGAGUUCAAGGUUAGCUAAUGUCAAUGCUAUGUACCUUUCGUCUCACAGAACAUCAGUUAUUUGCUGAGAGCGGUCAGCUGACACUCACGGACAAUUAAUGUUGGCUUCUGCAGAAACUAGAAGCGCGUCACUGGAGCAUCAGAGCCUGGCAGGGGGCCUUUUGUUGCUAAACGGUUAGACCUAUUACUGGGAAACAGACUAGGGUUCUUCUGACAUCAUAGCCACUACAGCUGGCUGUAAUUAUUAUAAUACUUGCUGUAUGCCUUUAAAUUAUAUGAUGCAAAGUACCACAUUUUUGCAAUCUCAGUAAUCUGGUGUAAUAUGGUCCAUUGCAAUGCUCUUUACACUCUUCAUGGCAUGGAUUCAGCAAAGCAUUGAAAACAACAUGUAGUGAUUCGAGUCAAUGUUGAUGUUAUAGUAUCACACAGUGUGACCAUAUGGUAAUGCUGUGAAUCUCCUGUUGCACUCUGUUGGGUUGAGAUCUGGUGAUUGUAGAUGCCAUUGGAGUACACUAAAUUCACUGUAGGUUCAUGAAAUCUACUAGACGUGGCCUAGGAUCCCUCUGGAAGUGGCCGUUAGAAGAUGGUUAGGUUCUGGCCGUAGAGGUAUGAAUAUGGUCCGCAACAAUACUGUGGCAGUUUAACAAUGCUCAGUUGGUAUAGAGGGCCUAAUGUGUUCCAAAAACCUAUUCCUUACCACUGCCAGCCCAAAUCAUCAAAACCAUGCAGAUUGGAUCCAUGGGUUUAUGUUUAUACCAAACUCUGGCCCUACCAUUUUCAUGUUGCAGCAAAAUAAAGAUUCUUCCGUGUGAGCAACGUUUUUCCAGUAUUCAGUAAUCUGUUUAAUUUUGGUGUGCCUCUGCCCACGCUUUUCUCUUUUUAACUGACCGCAUUAUGACCCUGUGUGGUCCUCUUCUUCUGUAGCCCAUUCAGUUCAAGGUCCAACAUGUUUAGCAUUCGGAAAUGCUCUGCAUUGAACCUCUAUAACAGUUAAUUUCACUUCUUUCUUUUGUCCGCUUGAACCAGUCUUUCUCUACUCCUUUGACCCCUUGUCAUUAACAAGAUUUCGCCCACAGAACUGCCACUCACUGAAUUUUUAUUUAUCUUUUUGCACCUCUGUAACGGAACCGCUGGCACCCCAACCGGGUACCUUCCGCCGACGGAUGCUCCUAGUGCUUUCCGAGGACUCCAAGCACUCUGCCUGACACCAUAACCACUGCAGACCCCACGAACCGCCGCAGCUUGGUUGGGAUCUCGCCGUCUCCACCCACUCUGGACCCAGGACCAGGGUCCAGCUUCCAGCAGGUCGACCUCUCUCCGAAUUCCAGAGAGCAGGAACAGGAACAAGCUCUUAGCAGAGCUUAGUGAUUAUACCCUGGGGAGUAUAGUGAUCAUAGCAAUCCCCAGAUUGUAGUUUCUCCAAUCCCCCAAACAUGAGCCGAAACUUCAUGAAGGUACAAGAUGAUCUGACUCCAAUGAGCGUUUAUUACUCCUUAUAUACAAGUUUUCAGGUCGGAGGCACACCCCCUGGACCUGGUGGUAAACUGUGACAAAAGGGACACAAACCAAUGGGAACACUAAUUAACAUGAUAACACUCUCACAUACACAAUGAAAUCCCUCCUCUCCAUCCUGGAGAUAAUUGGCUUAAAGCAGUGCAGUAAACUCAAUUAUCUCCAGGUACAGAAAAUAUCUACAUUUAACACUAACAGCAAAAUACAUAAUUCUUAUUUUAUUACACAGAACCCCCACAUUUAACCUAUCCCCAGAUAGCUUGGAUCGGAGCGCCCAAUCUAGGUGAACAGCGCUCAGAUCCCAUGAACAGAGUAGAUUUUCCAUGGGGUAAAGCAUAGCAAGAGCUGUUGAGAAACCAAGGAGGGACUAAAGCAGUCAGUUCCAACUGGUUUGGCAGUGUGCCUGGGACAACGCCCUGCUGGAGAACAAUAGACAGGAAAUGGGGGAGGGGAAGGAACACACCUUCCUAUGGAUUCAAAUGGGAAGAAACUGUCUUUAGAAGCCAAUAAGCCCCAAAUAGUCUUUUUAAAUGGCAAUACACCCCGGGGCCAUAGUCAUGAGGAAGGAGGCUGGCAAUCAGGCUCCUCCAAAAGCCGGGGGCAAAGGGCAGCUUGUCACCUAACAAUCCAGGGACAAAAGGCAUUUCGUCACAACCUCUAUCUGUAAACUUUUAUGAAUUACACAAGCCUGCAUUUAAUGUAAAAGCAGCAGUUUUGGAGAUAUUCCAACCACCACAACUGAUACCAAACACCGAAAUCACUUGGAUCGCAUUUCUUUCUAAUUCUUAUGUUUUAUUUGAGCAUUAGAUUAACUUUUUGAUCAUGUCUUUCAAACAGACUUGCAGCUCCAUGAAUGGCUGAUUCUGUAUUUUUAUCAAAAAGCAGAGCGCCUAACAUGACUAACAUGGCUACUUCAACCAGAGAAAGAAAUAACAGAAAGUGACAAAGAAAUAAAGGCAGGGAUUUAAAUAUGGGACACAGGGAGCGUAUCGGCCUGCAUUAUGUGGUGGCCUGGAGACCCCUCUUGUACACUCCUAUGCUUUCAGAUCAUCACAUGCCACAUUGUGGCCUCUAAUGAAAAUGGCAGAAUCUUGUUUCAGAGAGUAUAUUUGCAAUGGGCUCUUUGUUACAAGUUGCUACAAUUGAUUUUGUUUUUGACCAAAGUAUACCGGUACUUAUCUCCUGCACAACACUACGCUGGUUUAUUCAUGAUUGCCAGUGUCCCUUUUAGGGACAUAUAAAACUAUAGGUGAAUAACUUGAGGAUUACAACUUAAAAGAGCUUAUUGUCCUUAUACUUACACACAUCUCUGUGCUGAGAAUGUUUGUUUAAUUCCCUGUGUAUCUUCAAUGUUGAGCAUAUUAUUUAAUGGGUUGAUUGGUCAACAAAAGCCUUAAAUGCCCCCAUUCUAGUUCUGAUACGUUGAAUUUGUCAGUGCUAAACCUUUUUAGGAUUAUACCUAGAGAACAGAUAUUGAUGCUUCUUUUUUUGCUGGAUAAAGUUUGAUCCUACUAGAUGAUUUAUUUUAUUUUUUAAAUCCACUCAGUGUUUAAGUGACCAUCCUGUGGUUUACUUCUCCUUGGUUGCAUGCAUGGUGGACAUGGACAGUUUCUAUGAAUAUCUUGUGUCCUCUCCCCAUGCCUGAUUCAGUCUGUAAUUUUUUUUGUCUUGUGACUUUCCUUGGUAUAUAAUCGAAGCUUUACAGAUGAUAGCCAUACUUAUUUUUCGCCCUUCCGCUUGAUGGAUUCCUGUCUCAGAAUCUAAUCAUGACUUUGUUCUUGCCUGACGUUGAUUUUAUUUGUAUAUUCUAUAUUCCUUUUAUUCUUGAUUUGCCAUUAUCCCGAUUAUAAACAUGGAUUAUCUAAGUUCUAUCUGCUCACCCUGUAACAUCUAGAAGGUAAUAUCUUCCAAAAGAAGGGGAAAGAGCUAGUUUGUAGACACUUUUGUUGGAACGUUUAGGAUCCAUUAUCUUGAGAAUACCGCAUUAGUAACCUCUUAGCAUUACUAGCUGUACAGUGAAUGCUUUUCCCAUAUACCAGAGAUUCUCCCUCUGUCGGAGAGCUCAGAGCUGGUGGGAAUGAUGACAUGAUCAGCAGAUGGCAUUUAAACCUUGCAAAGUAUUGUAUGGAGUAGGAAACUGAUUAUCUUUUGAGCUUAAUUUAUUUACCUCUUGUCAGCACUUUAGUAGUUGUCCAUUUCCUAAAUGUUUUUCUAUUCAGUGAUAAGAAAAUGCUGAAAAUGUAUCUACCGUAUAUCACCCAAUCUUUUUAAUUUAUUUAUUAUUUUUGUGUGUAAUUAAAAAAAAAAAAAAAAAAAAUGUUGGAUGAGAUAGAUUUUGUUUUUGACAAAUUGUGUGAUCAUUUGAUUCUGUGCCAGUUUGUUUGUUUUCUUGUUAUCUGUUGAUAAUAGCAUAAUAUUCAAUCCCUAGACUAACUCUCUAUCCAGUACCGUAAAGGUUAAGCGGUCAUGUUAAUAGUUAAUAACAAAAAAACAGGAACAGAUCAGGAUGUCUCUGUAUUGUCCUAUUUAAUUAGCAGGAAUCUGAGAUUUACACGCGUGGGUUGGUGUAUGAGAAGAAUCUAACUCUUGGAAAGAUUAGUGUCCUAUAUCCCCCAUCGCAGGGUUAACAUCACUUCUAAGGUAAAACAUGGGAAUGAUAUGGGAUAUGCCCCCCUCCCGUGUGAAAUUAACAAUGCACUCAGCUUCCUCUGAGUUGGCAAGUCACCGAAAUAGAUCCUGCAACGUGGAAAGGGCAAAACGUGUGUGUGGGAUCUUUUCAUAGGAAUUUCUAACUAGAACGUGACCUUUUGAGGUUUAAUAGCAUUCUUCACCCCCCCCCCCCCUUAGUUGUUUUUGUUACUUUAUUGAACUUUUAUCAUUUUCUAUGUAAUGUGGGGAAAGAACAGGUGAAAACCAGGUAAAGUAGAUUUUCUCUCAUGUUGAAACCAUCUCUGGGUUAAGGUUGAUAUGUUUUGGCACUGAAUCAGAGCUACUGAGUGCAUCCUGACAAGUCAAUACUUUUUCAGUACCUGCGCAAACCGUAUUUUGUGGAAGGUGUUGGGACAUAUACCGUGUGUAGCGUUUUUGAGACUGGCCUUCUAGAUAUGCUGUUUUAAUUUGGCUUUUAUUGUGUUUUGCCAAGGUGUAAAGGGAAUUGCUAUGUAUAUGUUUAAAUAUUUUCUCCUGUGACAGUGAUCGCUUUGGACAAGUGUAAGGAAACAUCUUCAGUUACAGAAACCACAUUCGACUGAACGACGAAAGCUAUUUUGGUCUCUCCUCUCCCUCACUGAAUGUCUUACCGGUGGAGCUGUCAUAGCUGCUCCUUAAAUCAAUAGUUUUCCAUUUUUUUUUCUGAAAUACAAAUUUUGGAUUAGUUUUUUUUUUCUUCUUUAAAUCUUUCUUUUUAUUUUGAAUUUUUUGUUCCAUAACUUCUAUGAAGUAACAAUAUGGAGGACGAUGGCCCCUUUCCUUUACUGACAUUGCCAACCAUUUCCUACUAUGACCAGAAACCAGGAACGAGUGGACUCAGGAAGAAGACCUAUUACUUUGAGACAAAGGCGAACUACCUACAGAAUUUUAUCCAGAGCAUAUUUUUUUCUAUAGACUUAAGAGAUCGUCAGGGAUCUACCAUGGUAGUCGGAGGAGAUGGUAGAUAUUUUAAUAGGUCUGCAAUAGAAAUUUUAGUACAAAUGGCUGCCGCAAAUGGGGUUGGUAUAAUGUACCUCUACUUUCAUUCGUAGCAUUAAUUGGAAUAUGAAAGAAAACUACAGCCACUUUUAAUUCACAUUUCAGAAUAUAUUAUUCUACAUUUUGAGUGCUGGAAAGGUAUGCAUCUCUUGGAAAAAAACUAACGUGCAUCCUUAUGGCACUCCUUUUUUUUAAACUUGCUAAACGUUUUAGAAUUGCAAAUUUAAAAAAAAUCACAUUUGUAUUAAGGGACACUCUAUGUACGUUGAGAGAGGCUUAUAAAAGUGUUGCAAAGUUCUAUAAAUGGAAACUGAACCAUUACAUAUGUUUCCAUAGUGAUUGUGCCAUUUAUGGAACUUUGACACAAUUAUUGUGUUGUUGUUUCUUAUAUAUAUUUUUUUUUUACUUCACUCAAUACAGUGUUUUUUAUGUGUUAAGAGUUUAAAGUACACUUUUUAGCUUAUUUAGAUAAUAAAGUCUUCAUAAUUACUAUAUAUAUAUAUCUCUUAUAAUUCUAUUUCUAAAUAUCUAACGUUUGUUGAAUACAAAUUAAAUACACUGGAUACUGUUACCCACAAAUAUUAUAAAAUAACCUUAUUAUUUAUGCUAUUUAAUAUACUUCUUACAGCCCCCUCCCAAUGCAAAUCACAUGUAACAUUAAACUGGAUUGUGUGUUUAUAUGCUACACGUAUUGCCUGUUUUAUGGGUUUUGUAAUUCAUUGAUUUGAGUAGUUUUCUUGUAUUCUGGCACAUGCAGGGUUAGACCUAAAGCAAAGUGAGUAGAGUCUGAAACAAAGUGCUAAGUUUUCUGGAGUGUCCUUAUCGGAGUUGGAUCAUAGCCCUGCAAUUUGAUGCUCUUACACCACCAUCCUGCUGUGGAUUUUCGGUUGUGUGUUGAAAGUGGAUGUGAAAGCUGCAUUCGGAGGCGUCCCAUAUUGGAAAUUUGCAAGGGACUUGUCUUUUAGAACUCUGUAUACUGUUACACAUGUUUUUCUGUUUCAUACUCGAAGGGCAGAGCUUCCUGGUCAGGACACCAUGCGGAAAUGCCCGUCCAUGUUCCUAGACAGCGGCCGGUGUUGUCUUUCGUUGCCAGUUUGCCUACUCCGCAUAACUGUAACACUAACCUGUCUACCAUUUAAUAGCCCAGUUACCUUUGCCAUAAUUAGCAUAGUGCUUGUUUUUUUGAGCUGGAGGGGGGAUUCCCACUUUUUCCCCUGCAAAGCACCACUUGACCGUCACAAAUGUUCUGUUUCUUACUGUUCUUUUAGUUUCUGAUAUCACAUUGAACCCAUAAAUGCUGGCAGCGAUAUACAGGAAAGUGAGAUUUCAUAGUGUGAACCGUUUGUGCAGCAGAGCUUUCCAUGUUCCAUAACAUUGGGAACGAGAUGCUCAUUCUCAUUCCUAAUCCCCUUUUAAUCAUGUAAACUAUUGGAACACUUUAAACCUUAAUGGUAUUAAAUACAAAUAAAGCAGCUGUCCCCGAUUUAAACUUUAAUCUGACUUGCUCAUAGCCACUUUUCUGGUGCUUUUUAAAAAAAAUUUAUUUCUUUGAUGGCUUAUUGUAUACCCCAGGAAAAAGCUCAGAUGGACAUAAAAUAUUAUAAUAAAGAAUAUAUAAAAUAUAUUUUCCAAUAGUAUAAUCCUCUGUAGAUUUUACUGGGGUUUGUGCAUAUGUAUGAAAUAGAAUAAACUGACUGUCUUUAAAACGUAAAGGGUCCCAGACGCCACCUACUUCCUAGUCUAGGUUGCCCAAUUAUGGGACACUCCAGAUCCUUAAAACUACUGAAAUAUUUUGUGUGAAGAAUGUGUCUUUUUUAAAUUUUUUAUUUUAUUUUACAAACAUUUUUAAUUAAAAAUGAACAUUCUUAAACCCCCCUGGCUGUCAAUUAACUGGUCCUGUUACUUCCUGGUUUGUUUAGCUCAGUGAAGCUAAACUCAAGAACCAAGCAAUUGGCCAGAGCACCUGCCUUGCAAAUAGUUCAUUCGAAUUUGGGCAGUAGAGUGUCCUUUAAGCACAUUCAUGUGAUGUUGACUGACUUCAGCUGCUAGACAUCCCAGGGAAUGCAUAAAUAGUCAUUUCUAUCUCAAUGUUCUUUACAAACAUGCAUGAACAUUCUAUUGGUUUCUGUGGCAACUGCUUCACUAUUAGAAGUUUGCUCAAUAUCUUAAUUUAAUUGCAGAAUUGCAAGAGUUUGAAUUUUCUAUAAAAUGCUUUGGAAUGAUAAUUUUACCAAAACUCUAUGACAUUGUUCUAUGGGCUACACACUCUGCAGCCAUUGUUGAUAGACUGUAUAUUUGCUCUGUAAUCCAUCGAUUUGAUUUGUUGAUCUUGUGAUUCAGAUUGGACGAUUGGUCAUUGGACAAAAUGGCAUUCUCUCAACACCAGCUGUGUCCUGCAUCAUACGAAAGAUCAAAGCAAUUGGUGGUAUCAUCUUGACAGCCAGCCACAACCCUGGAGGUCCCAACGGAGACUUUGGAAUUAAAUUCAAUACUUCUAAUGGAGGUGAGAAGAAAAUCACAGCUCUUAUUAAUUAGACAGACUUGUAUAUCAGUUUGUAAUGCAUAUAUUGAAGUUUUACCAUUGCUCUAUGGACAGCUAUCUGUAUGUUUUUUUUCUUCAGUAGUCACCCUGUCUAACCAAAACCUUGUGUAAGUUAAAUCACUUUAACGGUCCAGAUCACAUUUAUUUAAAUGCCCGGCACUUGCUCAUAACAUCAGGGCUUUGUUGGACAAGAGGUGCUUCAGUCUAAUGGGGGCUUAAAGGACCCCACAGAUGCAAAGUAUACAUUGCAAAAUAAUCACACACAGUGGCAGUAGCAUAUAUAAUCUUCUAUUUGUAGUAAUAAUAAUAGUGACUGAAGCACCAUCACAAUAAUAAUUAAAGACAAGAAUCUUCCUUUAUAAAGGGAUUCUGUUGUCCCAGACAGGAGAUUAUCCACUUUUAAUGUGCUCCUAAUUUCACUAAAACACUGUGAUUGAUAGAAACAAAACAAACAAAAGCUAUAUAUAUAGAAUUAUCAUGAUUUAUAUCGUGUAUAUUGUUACCUCUUUGCUUAUUUCAUAACUAAUGCAGGUCCUGCUCCAGAAGCUGUUACUGAUAAAAUUUUCCAGAUCAGUAAAACUAUCGAAGAAUAUGCUAUAUGUCCUGAUCUCAAAGUGGAUUUGGGAACCAUUGGAAAACAGCAGUUUGAUUUGGAGAACAAGUUCAAACCAUUCACUGGUACAUAUGUUUGAUAAUUUCUCUAUUUUUCUUUUAUUUCUUUAUUUCUUAUGUUUGUUUGUUUUUUUAUACUGUAAUGUUCAUUAUGACAUAAUUAACAUAUGUGUCAAAGUGUUCCUAAUUUUAAAUACACUUUGUGCUAACCAAAAGCAUACCCGAAGUGUGGUCUUCUCCUUUAGGAGAAUCUGGUUGACUACACAGGGUUAUACAGGCCUUGUUCUCAUUGGCUGAGAGCGGUGUCAGCUGGGAACGUACUUGUGUAUCACAGUGAUUAGAUCUACAGAUACAUCUGACAUCUCCUGCAGGAGAAAUGUCUUGCAGCAUGGGUGUAUGGGGGACCCAGGUAAAUUGUCCCAACUUACUGAAAUUGGUUUGACUACUUACUGUAGGACAGUGCCAGGGCACUUCAGACACCAUAACCACUAAAAGCAAUCUGUAUUGUCAUGGUACUUAGAAUGUUCCUUCUCUACCCCCUAAAUUAUUAGUGAUGCAACUUACCCGUACAGUGGGGGGGGGGAGGAGGGAGGGAGAUGUAAUUAAAGGGACAUUGCAAGCAGGUUUUCACUUCUAUUUUUUAUGACUAAGAAUCCAAGAAAUGUCAUCCAUUCUAUGGAUCUGUAUGUAUUACUGAGACUAUAUUAUGGAUCAUUUAUCGCCACACUGAACAGCCAGAGUGUUCCACUGAAACCAGUAGUAGGCCCAGGGUUGGCUGAGAGGCCGUACUCACUUCCUGGUCUGUGCAGAUGUAACUAAAUAAACUCUUACCUCUGGAGGUUUCAGCAAAUGAGGGAAUUGAUGCCAAUGUGAAUUUAAUAUUUAUUUUGUAUGCUUUAAAAAUGGAAAGGGUCCAGAGUUUGACAUUAAGGAACAAGAGUAUAGGAAAAUAUCCACUUAAACAUGCUUUAAAAUUGCAUCCAAAAUAGUUUUUUGUUUUGUUUUUGUUCCAGUCGAGAUUGUGGAUUCUGUAGAAGCCUAUGCAAACAUGUUGAGAAAUAUCUUUGACUUCAGUGCCUUAAAAGAAGUUCUUUCAGGACAAAACCGGCUUAAAAUCCGACUUGAUGCUAUGCAUGGAGGUAAGAUUUGCUCCUGGCACCAAAAUUCACUUUGUAAUCACUUUAAUGAGGAAAGUGACCACUUCUCCUCCCCUCACCCCAGUAAAUGUAAUUGAGACUCUUACUGGGGUGAGGAGUGCAGUGGAAAGAAGUAUAAGCCACAUUGCAGAGUCUGCUGAAUAUCCAGGUACAUUGUGAAACAUCAGUGAUCCUGAUGCUGUGGACUCGAUCAUGCCUUUUCAUGUCUAUUUGGAAAGUGUUAUAUAAGAUCAUGCACACUCAUAGUGAUGUUUGUGUGUGAUACACUCUGUAUCAGAGGUUAACAAACGGUAGAUCCCUAGAUUUGGAUUUUACAGUUGCUCCAACUGCUAUGAUAGUUUGACAGCCUUUAGAAGGGCACUGUAUAAUGUAAGCCGCAGGUCUAGAACACGUGGGACACUCCCAUUAGCUCAAUAAUUUUAUUACUGCGCCAUUCACUUUAAUUAAUAUUGUGUUUAUCAUUUUAAUGGUGGGAUUUUAGUAAUUGAUUUCACACUGAAACCAGUCACACUUUUUUCACUUUUAAGCACCAGUUUUACACAAUUUUUAAAAAUUUGUUCAGUAUUUACAAAUUGGUUAAAAAUAAUGGUAUAGAUUUCAUGUUUAAUAAUGAUCUAGUACAGCUCUUACUCUAGAUUACAAUAAAUAUAUAUCACAUCAUCAGAUAUAUAUUAUUAAUAAUGCACUAAUACAAUAUUAUAGAAUAUUCUUUAAAAAAAAGUUUUUUGUGUCCGAUCAGUUGUUGGACCAUACGUAAAAAAGAUUAUUUGUGAGGAGCUUGGCGCGCCUGCAAAUUCUGCGGUAAACUGCAUCCCGCUGGAGGAUUUCGGCGGUCACCAUCCCGAUCCAAAUUUAACCUAUGCGUCCGAGUUGGUGGAAACGAUGAAGACCGGAGAACAUGAUUUUGGAGCCGCAUUUGAUGGUGAUGGGGUAAGAUAUCAUAUGAAUUAUUAUUUCUUACUUUCUUCCCCAAAACGUUAGACUAACAAUGCGGUUUCCAGCCUUGAUUAAAUAUAAGGAAGUGAACAAUUUUGGUUAAGUGAGUCAUUUGAAAGGCUGAACCACAAAUAGUAUUUUAUUGGCAUAUGGAAUUGGACCACUGAUAACCGCAUUUGCUACUGGUCAGAAAGCUCUUACACAUGUGGAGUCUCGUUACAAUUAUUUAGUGGGAAGAUUAUUUCACUUAUUAACCUAUUUCCUUUUCAAACACCUCUUUAAAGGGUAAUUAUCACAUUACACAAUUGAAUAAAAUAUUGAAAACCACUUAUUAAUUGUGUUAUCUUUUUCAAGUGAGGGUUUGUUCUCUUUUAUAUAUUAAACAUUUAGCAGCUAUCUGUCUUGGUAGUGGAUAGUGUGUGGGAAGUUUGUGAGUGGUGUGGUUUCUGUGUGUGGCUGAGAGUAGUGUGUGUGGGGGUGGUGGUGACUGGGAGUGGUCCCCAUACAUGGUCCAGUGGUUGCCGAUCACAGUCAAAGCUCCUUCAGGUCUGCUAGUAGUGCGCUGAGUCAGCAAGUGCUAGCACUGCGAGGGAGUGGACUGUAAUCUCCACCCACUAGGUACUGACCACACUGAGAUCUUUUGGUCUCCUGAUUGGCUGAAGAAGUUGCAGGGGGCCCCUUGUAGCCGUCACUCCGGGCAAACGCUUAAGGGUUACAGCAGCCAUAGAUUGAUAAUACAGCAAUGUGGAUUUCUAAGUUCCAUUUUAUUUUUCUGAUCUUACAAAACACCUUUUAUUAAAUAUAGUGGCUAAGGAAACGUUAUAAUAAAAUCCUGGAAAGUGACAAUUCCCCUUUAAAUGUAAUAUUGUGUUCAGAUCAUGGGAAAUUGAUCAUAUCUUUUUUAUCUGCAAAAAUCUGUCAGUUGUAUCUUUUCAUUUGGUGUUUCUAUUUAGAGAUGGGGAUGUGAUUGUGUUUUGCCUUCUUCUUAGUGUUUAUUAAAUGUGUAAAUAAAAGAAUUAAUUAAUUUUAAUCUAAACUUGGAGUUAAAGCCGAUUACCUUUUUCAUGAAUCUCAGUGCAUUUCUUAGAAAUUACCUCUCUGUUUUCUCUUAGGAUCGUAACAUGAUUCUUGGGAAAAAUGCCUUCUUUGUCAACCCGUCUGACUCGGUGGCAGUCAUUGCAGCCAAUAUUUUCAGUAUUCCUUAUUUUCAGCAAACUGGUGUUCGUGGUUUUGCGAGAAGUAUGCCAACAAGUGGAGCCUUGGACAGGUACAAAUGUGACGGUGAUUAUGCAGUGUGUUAUUCCUUUAAGAUCAUGAUAAAGAAUUUGCUAUGUAUCCAUUGACCUCGACACUGAAUUUGAAUUUUGAGUUAAAUUUUGUUGUAGACAUAGAGCAGCUAUCUAUGCUUUAAUGUUUCUUUUAUUCCAUGUGCUUGGUGUUCAUGUUCUACUUCCACUCACAAAUUUCAACGAUGUCACAAAAUUAGCUUUGUAGGAAAAAAUGUGACAUUAUUGCAGUGAAACAGCAAAAACUCACAUUCUGAAAAGAUACUUUGAUAGAGAGCUUUUUGUGACAUGCUGCAUACGGACAUGUAUAAUGGCCUGGCGUCUGGUGUGUGUUAUGUGAACAACUUUUACGUCAUUUUGGAAAGUUUCAUGUUCAGAGAUAUUGCAGGAGUUAUUUUGUAUCUAGCCUCACUUAGGAGUAUGAACCCUAUGAAGGCAGGCAGGUGUGCUCUGCAGUGCACAAGGCUAAAAUGUACAGAUAUCCAAAGAAGUAGAAUUGCAAACAAAUCUCUAAAAUCUUCAUUAUACGAUUACCUGGUUUUGAAGCAAAACUGCAGCCACAUAAACACCUUUUUGCACCCGCUUAGAUUGUUAAUUGAUGCAAAACAUACUAAUGAUUCUGUGUAAAGAGCGGUUCUGUUCAAAGUUCUACAAAUUGAGCACUUAGAAGCAUCAGUUGGUUUUCAUGACAACUGCUUCACAGUUCGUGUUAAUGACUGUUACUGAAAAUAAACAAUCAAUUUAAUUUGUAAGCACCCAACCUACAGAAGCCCAGAGAGGCCAUGUAUUUUUUAAAAAUGUUCAGACUUGUUACCUUGAGAAAACAAGUUGUUUUAUUAACCUAACAAUUCAUAAUAAUAAUAAUAAAAAUACUUGACGUCUCUGGGCUUCCGUACCAACCCCUCCCCCCCCCCAGUAAGAGGAAUACCUGUUUACCAUGUGCUAGAUGGUUCAAUCACCUGCUGCCUCUACAAAGAGUUUAAGAUAAUUGGAAUGAUCUUGUUUACUUCCCAACAUGUCACUUUUUUAUAUGUCUGAUCAAGCAACCUUAAUUCACAGAAUUAUAGACGUAAGCACUGACUUAAUUAGAAUCCGAUUGCUGAAAAAGGUGGAUGCUCCUUAGACCAUGUGUAAAGAGGCUUGAAAAAUGCCUGAUCCACUUGUGUUUGAUUGAAUAAACGCUGAACUGAAGGAGCGUGGCGUUUCUUUAUUUAUUCUAACUUAUUUUAAUAAGAGCAUCUCAUAAAGUAAAGUUACACAGUAAUAUUGGUUGGAAAUAGACUCCAGCCUGUCUGGUUUAGUCACACGUCCUUGUGUCUGCAGCUGUUGCAAAAGAAGGUGAAAAAUAUUAAAUAAAAAAAUAAGAUAAGUUGAUAAAAAAUAUUUUGCGGUAUAAAAACUUAAUUUUUAAUGAUAUUUUGUACUUUUAUUUUUUUCUAAUAAAUAUUAGAAAUUAGUUCAGUUUUAUUCACUUUUUACAAAUGUCCUUACUGGUUAAAGAAAUCUAUGUGUGAAUUGAAAUAGACUCUCCUUCUGGUCUAACACUUUAUAUUCCAUCACCAUGGCAACAAAGGGAAAACAAAACUUAACAAAAAAAUAAAUGAAAGUAAAGAGUGGGCUUUUAGGUCCUUAAAACAUUUAUUACGUCGUGUUUGAGAGAGGUGUAAGUAAUAUUUUAGAUCAUGAAAAUCUGAAAUAAAAACAUAGGUUAAAAUAAAUAAAUAAACCUGGUGCUUUAAUUAUAGCUGUGUGAUCUUAAAAAAUAAAUAAAUGAAAUUUUAAAAAAGUCUAGCUGUGAAAACCAUAAUCCAGUAUUUUCAUUUUCUUCUUUUUAAGAGUGGCAAAAGCUACAAAGAUUGCUUUAUAUGAGACUCCAACCGGAUGGAAAUUCUUUGGCAAUUUAAUGGACGCUAACAAGCUAUCCCUGUGUGGUGAAGAAAGUUUUGGAACUGGUGAGUUCCCAUUAUGGGGUUCUGGGUAUUUAAUCAGGCUUUUCGUUUAUUGUGAUUUAUUAUAUUUGCUUUGCAUUAAAACCUUCACUAUUUAACUGCAUAGUGGUCAAUAAAAUGUAAAUGGACUGGAAAUUUAUAGACAAAUUGGCCACCAAACAUAAAAGUGUAAUAAAUACCAAAUAUAUUUUUGUGUUGUAUUGUCCUUACAAAAACAUCAAUGUUUCUUUAUCUGUAUAUCCAAAAUUUAGAUUCUGCAUCUUUGCCGUGAUUUGAUUUUUUUUUUUUUUAUUGAUUUUUUUUUAAGCACAACCGCUCUGGAGUAGUACAUCUUAUAAUACUGAUAUAAGCACAACCUCUCUGGAGUAGUACAUCUUCUAAUACUGAUAUAAGCACAACCUCUCUGGAGUAGUACAUCUUCUAAUACUGAUAUAAGCACAACCUCUCUGGAGUAGUACAUCUUAUAAUACUGAUAUUAGAUUAUUAAGUCAGGCUAUAGGGGCCCCAUGAUGUCAGCUGCCCAUUCACUAGAUCCAGUGUAUUCUGCUGAGCUAGAUUAUGUAGAAUCUAUAAUAAGCUUAUAGCUUAUUUCGAAAGCAGAUUAAGAAAAGCAGAGGCACUAGAUUUUGUCCUCGAAGAAUUGCUCGUAAACGUAGUUCUCUACUUACCGAGACGCUACAGGUUAAGUACCAAUUGCAAAUGUCUAAGUCACUGACCAUAGAAAGCAGGAGAGAGGGGCGGUGUAAUGGGAAACCAUCAUUUCCCAGGAUUUUUAAUAUUGUUACUUACUUCCUAUAUUUAACAACUGUAUGUUUUGAGAUCUGAAAAAUAAAAUGAAUGGUAAACUCCAAUCGUCCUCCCCAUUAUAGCCCGCUGUAGUGGAAAGUCUGUUAGGAGUACCCUAGCAUGUUCCCCGGUAAUGGAGUAAAUUGUUUCACAACGAAUGGCCCUCUAACCCAGUCCUGCCGGGCACAGUGGCUCCUCCGAAGCAGGGUUUACAACAUCUGACUUUUGCAGAGCUGCUGAAACCGGAUUCUGAUUUUGCUGAUCUUUCAUUGCUGACACAAAAAAACUAUUGGUGCAGGACCCAACGAUAUUGGGGUACUGUGACAUAGUGGUGGGCUUAAAGGACCACUGUAGUGCCAGGAAAACCAACCCACCCUCUGGGUCCCCCUCCCGCCGGGCUGAAGGGGUUCAAUUCCUACAUUUCUCCAGCGCUGGAUUGCUAUAUGUGUAACAUACAAUUAAAAGAUAAUCUUUUUUUUUCAUGUGAUCUGUUACCAGACAUCAGAAAUAAUUUUUAAUGUUCUAUCCAGUGCCGUAUUAAGUGUGUAUUUUAUUAAACCUGGGUAGCACCUUGGUUCGCACAAAUAAUUCUGGUUGCGCAGACCUUCUUUUCUUUUUGCUUGUUCAGGAAAAUUGGUGGUUAAAGCAGGUUUCUACAGCUUUUUUUCCCCUCUAUUGUGAAGCAUUACCAAGAAACUUGUUAAACCUCACAAUCUAAAGCUAUUUUAUUAUAAAACUCUGAACUCUUAAGAUGUGUGCAUAUUCACUUAAGUUACAGACCUGCCAAAUCCACGACUUUAAGUCCUUAUGGUACGUAUGCCUCCUUUAACUUUAAAAACCCAGUCAUUGUUCUUGAAGACAAAAAAUAAAAUUGUAGCUUAAGCGUCAGUGGUGGUAAUUGCAAAUCUAUAUGUUACAGUAACUAUGCAUUGACGGUCAGACCUCAGACCUUCUGUGUCUCAUUACUACAUUGUCGCCAGUAUCAUGAUUAUAUAUUUUUUUCUUGGCAGUCGUACUCUGCUCUGUAUAAUUUAGCCUGUCUUCGAGAGCCUGGUCAGAAAUUCUUAAUCUGGGGUUUUUACCCAGAAUUAACAGAGCAUGCCAGGCUGCCUAUGGUCUCCCAUGUUUUUAUUGCCUUAUGGAGCUUAUGAAUUAAACAAGAUUGAAAAAAGUAUAAGGUUAAAGAUAAUAUCUACGAGGUUUUGCAGACACCACAGAGCUUUUCCAGCCAAUAUUAUUCCUCUUAUUAUGUUCAGUGGGAGCGAUAUGCAAAUCCCAUAAACUCCUGCCAGUGCAGAUAGUUAUGGGAUAUGUAGUUAAGCCAUUGAGUAGUUUUAUUCAUUAAGUCGCUUUGGAGGUGCACAGACCAAGUUGUGCUUCUCCUCUGACCUCGCUCAACUUGGGGUGAACAUACAGCAGCAUCAAUUUAUUUGUAUCCCUCUAGUUCUUUGCAUCUGUAGUUAAUUGGUUGAGAACAGAUUGUGACCGGGAUCUCUUUGAACAGUAACCCAUGCAAGGAGUAUUGGCGGUUUUAGUGCUCGGAGGGUUUCUUUAACCCCUUAAGGACACAUGUCACACAUGUGAUUCCCUUUUAUUCCAGAAGUUUUGUCCUUAAGGGGUUAAUGAAGCCAGGUUUCCGGCUGCAGGCUGUUAGUGCAGUUACUGACCGAGCUACACCCUUCUUGAUCUGAGCGAAUGUUUUUACAAGGCCCAAAAUGGUUAUUUCUUUUUUUCUUGGAAUAGUACUUUUUUAGAGCACCACACCCACCACCUACCUAUAAAUCCAGUCCUUGGCGUGACUCGUCCGUCAUUAUAUAUGUCUACGUACUUUCUAUGCUUUUAAAAGUUGUAAUAAUUUGUAACACACUUUGCCAUAUUCCCCCAUUUUUUUAAAAACAUUUAAACACUUAAUCAAAUGCAUUCAUUAUAGAUUGUUUAUAGUCAUAAUUGACCAAUUCUUCCAAUUUCCCCAAUUUGUGGAGUUUCCGGGGGGACCUGCAAUAUGUGGAGGUGCUGAUUAAAAGUCAUAAAAUCAUAUAUUUUUAGAACAAGCCGUGACGGGACAAGCCUCCUAUUUUCAGCCUGGAACGGAAUCAGACCAAAUACUUUUUUUUUUUUGGAGUUCUUUGCAAUAAGUUCUGUAAAAGUUGGCAAAACUUGAAAUUUCUUCAUUUUAACUACAUUGUAAUAAUGUAUGAAUUGUAACUAGAAAUACAUGGUUACUUGACAAGAGGCUUGCCACACACUUUCCUUCCUGCAGAGACAUUCAUUUAGGCCUUUUAAAUAAACAUUUUAUUUGGCAAUAGCCUUUUGGAAGUUUUUCUUUUUUAUACUUUUUAACAGAUGUACAAAUUAAAUUCAGCAUUUUAUAUGGAAGUUUAUCCCAGCCAAACAUUGCAUAUGACAGAGGCCCUGUGCUCGUGUUACUCAGCGGCCAAAUUAAGUUAUGAUUGGAGGUUAUUUGGAAGUAUUGUGUAAUGUAGCCCGUCACAUUUUUAUAUCUUGCUUCCAGGCACAUGAUACCAUUUGAGUGUAAAGACUUAUUUCCACAAUUGAUAUGAUGUCCGAUUAGCCUAUAAAACCAGAAAUGUGAUAUUAUUUAACUCCGUAAUGUGUUACACACGGUCUGGCUCUCGAAUUUAGAAUAUAUUCACACAUGGUCUGCACAGUGUGCUUAUAGAAAGGCAUGCGGAUGUUUCCGUAAAACUUUUAAAGGCACACUCCAGACCAGCAUUGUUACUUUAUGUAGGAAAUGCAUAAUUAAAUAACAUGCCACAAUAAAAAUAAACAAUAAAAAAAAAAUAAAAAUACUGACAUAUAAGUUACUGGUUUUUGCUGCACAUUUCCUAGAAUGUAACAAAAACUCUCAGCCAAUCAUAGUGUCCGUAGCUUUUUCUAGGCAAACUUUGCGUACCCCAUAAACCACUGCAUAGGUAGGCAGACAGAGUACAAGAUUGUGGUGCAUUUUGGGUGAGGAAUAGUAUUUUAAUUUAAUUUACACAAGAUUGACAGCCAGCUUGGAACUAGUUCUGAGCUGGCUAAUGACACUCCAAUGUUACAUAUGUGCACAGUUUCACACUGCGCAGAGACUCCAGGCACCAUGAUCACUUCAAAUCACUGCUUGGAGUGACCCUUUAAUUUGUCCAGUCUCAGCUGGUCCUUGCUAUUUUGCCAGCACAUUGUAUAUGUUUUGGCUUUUUCUGCCUACGUGAAUGUGAACUUGGCUUUCACACAGUUUGUAGAUGGUAGAUUCACCAUAAACAAUACAGCUUUCAGGAUUGUUUAAUUGUGAAUUCACUGCUUCUGGAUACCUGGUGAAGAACUUUGCCAUCCGCAGCAUCAAAGCUCUCACCAUUAGCAUCUGGUUAUGUUUUGAAAUAGAGAGAGCUAUAGAGACCCGAUCUUUAAGUAAGGAAAAUACAUUUAGGUUAACACGAGAAGAUUAUGCUAAAUAGUGCUGGUGGUAGCUUAGAACACAGACUAAUAAGUGGUUACAUUAAAAGCAUCUUACAAACAUGAUGGUGUAUAGACAUCGGAUGUAGGCCAUUGAUUGCUGACCUUGGUAAAUCAGAUACAUUAGAACUGCAUGUCCCAUAAUGCACAGCCGUCCUUUAGCACGUGGAUGUUAGAACUGAUUGUAAACUCUUUACUUUUAUGUAACAAAAGUAGUAUUUUGCAAUCUUGUCUAUUGUCUGUCUUCUAAUUAGCCCCAAGUCUAUCUACACUUAACACGUUUUAGUUUUCGGUGAUAUUAUUUCUCCCCUGUCUUAAAUCUCGUUCUGGAAGCAAAAUACUUGCCUAACGUAUUUACUUGGUUAAUCUACAGGUUCUGAUCAUAUCCGAGAGAAAGAUGGGCUUUGGGCUGUCCUUGCCUGGUUAUCCAUAAUUGCUGUUCGCAAGCAAAGUGUUGAGGAAAUUCUGAAAGAUCAUUGGCAGAAAUAUGGUCGAAAUUUCUUUACAAGGUUAGACAUAACAAACCUCUUCCUGUCCUUUUGUGUGGGCUUGUUAUUCCAUAUCCUGAUGUAGUUUUAAGAUGGAAUUAUCUUUUCCCCUUAUUUUUUAAAGGGCAACUGUCAUUUCACAGGAAUUAUAAUAUUAUGUUUUCUUAUCCCUUUAUUUAACAAAUAUUUAGCUGAGAGGCAUGAAAAAUUCAAUUAUAAAAAUCCACACCUCUUAAUUAAUUUAUAAAAUAUUUUACCAGGAUGGAUACAUUGAGAUUUUACUCGUUUUCAAGUAUGUCCUGGGUAAUCCUGCAAUUGGGCUCCUCCAUUUUAGCUCCCUGUCAAUCAUUGUUAUAAACUCUGUUCUUUGCACCUGGCAGUCAGUAUGGAGAAAGCAUACAGAACAGAGGAGAAAUGAAACAAUGUGUCUUUUUUUCUUCUUCAUUUGCAAUUUGUGCCCUACCUGUGCCAGGACUGAACUGGGUUGUGAUGUCAAAUGCUAAAUCUUUAAUAUACAUGUAAAAGAAAUCCGAGCAUGACGAAGAUGGCCAACGGAUAUUAUAGGUGAUUUCAGUGGAGUUAUCACCAGAGAAGGGGCAUUUUUCAUUUCAAGUUCUUUUUCGGUAAUGCUUUGUCGUAGUUUAAAGUGGUUUGCCACUUUUCAAUACCCUCACAAGGGGGCAGUCUUAACUGCAUUUGCAUAAAUAAGUAGCUGAUUGCAUCCAGAGGGGAAAUAAGAAAAAGGAAAGGCGAGCUCUAAAGAAGCACGUGCCAAAUGAUAGUGCUAUAAUAUAUAGAGUAGUACUUUAAAAACAUUAAAAUAUAUGCAGACCGUUUCAGAAGGUACGUGCUUGAAUCAUAUACAUAAUACUUGGUAAAUAGUAUCUGUACAUUGUGCAAACCAAAUAACUAGCAAAAGGAUAGAAAUAGUAUAUUUUGGAGAUUUUUUUUUUUAUAUAACUCUACACAAUCAGGUAUACACAUAUGCAUGGUAAACAUGCAGGCAUGUACUAUCAAUCAUUGUUAGAUCUGGUGCUUGGAAUCAUUGGGGGCCUAAUGAUACAUACACAACCCUCAACUGGGAGCCAACUUAAAAUGUGUGUAGGAUGUUAUAUGACUUUUUUUUUUUUUAAUGUUCUGCAGGUACGACUAUGAAGAGGUCGCUGCGGAUGGAGCUAAUCAAAUGAUGAAGGACCUUGAAACCUUGAUGUUUGAUCGCUCGUUUAUUGGUCAACAACUUUCUGUUGGAGAUAAAGUUUACACAGUGGAGAAAGCUGAUAAUUUUGAGUACAGUGAUCCUGUGGAUGGGAGUAUCUCCAGAAACCAGGUGAGAAACUGGGAUUGUGGGUAGGAAUUACCUUUGCUGGUGAACGUGCAUUUUAGCAAAUAUUAUAUUUAUCUAUAUUGCAGUAUAGUAAUGUAUAUUGUUAAUUACCAUCCCCCUUCUACUAGGGCUUAAGACUCAUCUUUACAGACGGAUCCCGUAUCAUUUUCAGACUUAGUGGUACUGGAAGCGCUGGAGCCACCAUCAGGCUAUAUAUAGACAGCUAUGAGAAGGAUGCUCCAAAAAUAUAUGAAGACCCUCAGGUAAACGCACCAUAACAGCUUAACUGUAUGUAUACAGGUCACCACACAAUGCUAUAACUAAUAUAUGAUUAACUUAAAAUACUGUAAUCUCUGUUCCACGCCAAAAGAUAUAAUACAUUUUGGGAGCAGUUUUAACUACUCUCUCCCUCUCUGUCCCGCUUUAAUUUUGGAGUUUUAUAAUAUUUUUAUUUAUUUAGUGAAUCUAUUUUGUAUUUGUUUGUGUUUUUAUACUCUUGCUUUUGUGAAAGCAGAAAACUCUAAACAGCUGUCUAAAAAGCAAUAAAUAGAUGUUCCCAUUUGCCCCCCUUGCCAUAACGGAGUGAAUGGUUUGAAUGUUGGAGGGUCUGUGGUGCAUUAUUAAAUUGUUAGACUAAGCUCUGACUGUGGUGCUGCAGCUAUUGUAGUUAAUAUGCUUUGUGAUCCACAGGUCAUCUUAGUACAGGAAAGCAUAGGCGUGAAAUCCUAAUACAUUCGUAAUUAUUAAUGCCUUUCUCAUGCUCUGAAGACGGCGUGUGUGCCAUUGCCAGAUUUGAAUUCCUUCUUGCGAUUUGCUGUGGGUUUUGGCUUUGAUCCGCUUCCUGUCUUCUCUAAGUUGCUCUGAGUCCCAUAGCGGGAAUAGUAAAACUCCAAUAGCAGGGGAGGUGUAUCGUUUUUUUCCUUUUUGUGUGUGUGUGUGUGUGUGUUUUUUUUUACUUUUUCAUGGUUUAUGGCAGUAUGCCAGAACCAUAUUACAAAAAAAAAAAAUGAACAUGAGAGAAAAAAUGGAAUGUGUGUUUAGGUCAAAUCCAUAGUUAUUGUUAGGAAAGUUAUAUUUGGGAUUGAUGCCAUACCUGGAUGACACUUGGCAGCUGUAAACACAGUUUUAUAAGCAACUAAGUAUACACAACGUGUUUUAGGUAUUCCAGUUCAGAUCUGGUGGUUUGGCAAACAGAAUAUUGCAGAAAGGGGCUAGACAUACCACAGGUUAAUUAAUGGCAGACCACAUCUUUUAUUUUUGUUGUAUUUGCCUUUUUCCCUGUUUGGGAGAAUCCUGAUUCGGAAUGCUCCCAGUAGGAUUCAAUAAUGAGUACCUCCAGCAAAUGUCUCAAUUCACAGAAAGACCAAACUGAGCUGUGUAACUAUUUGUUGUAGAGUGUACGAGAUUACCCUCCCAAAACCUAGUGUAUUACUUAUAUAUUAUAACAUAGAAAAAUAGGCAAGGAAAUUUGUUAGAGGGACACGAAAGGCACCCAUACCGCUUCAUCUCAAUGAAGUGUUUGGGUGCAGUGUCCCUGGUGUUCUAACCCUGCAAUGUUAAACAUUUCCAUUUUGUGGGCAUGACACACGGAUCUCAGUCACAUGCUGCUCAUAGAAAACAUUUGACUGGCGUAGUGUUGCAUCUUGCCAUGCAUGCGCAUUAGCCCCCCGAUGCUUCCCUAUCAAUCUUGAUGAACUCAGCCAGGGAGGCAGCAGCACAGAUACUGUUUUGGCAAUGGUUUAAAGGUUAAAUUGCUUUUUGUUUUCGUCCACAGAGGAUCCCAGCUAUCUACAAUUAGUAGAACAUUAUAGUGUUAAGAACGUAUGUUUGUAUUUCUAAGCCUACAGUGUUCUUUUAGUUUUGCAAUGUAUAGUUUAUUUUUUUAUUGAAAUGUAUGUACCAUAUAAAGUAGUACAGAAGCGAUAGAACAAUUCAACUCCUAACAGAGUAUUUACAAAACACUGAUAAUGUAAUCUGAGUUUUCAUAAACUGGCUUUGUUAUUCACUAAACUCUGAAUUGUAUGAAGUUAAAAUCCAGAUUGCAAAAGUUAGUCUAAAAUAGCCAGGCUCUUGGAAUUCAGUGAAUAACAUUAAUAGUAUUUAAAUAUAAUAUAUAUUUUCAUAUCUUUCAUGUUAUAAAAAAAAAGAGGAAAAACUUCACACAAAAAGCCCCUUCAGUAAGCUAUCACGAUUUAAGGGUCUGGCGUGUCCUUUUAACUCUAAUGCACAUUCUGGUUUGUAGAGACACUUGGACAUUGCACAACUUCUCAGUUCUUGUUUGCCUCUGCUGCAUUUUUCUCUGCAAUACUCACAAUGGGGAAAUAAAUCACCAUUAUUGUUUACAUAAAUGGACAGUCUACUUCUGUUAGUCAAUUUAUUUUUAUAAGAACAUCUAUUCACAAAUUACUGCAGGAUCAGCCUGGUUCAGUAGGGCUGUGAGCGGCUCUUUCUUAGCCUGGCUACACACCUCGGGAAAUAUUAUGCAUACAGAUCUCUGCUAUAAGGGUGAUAAGUUUAUUACAGGCCUGCACACAGUAUCCUAUAGAGUUCAGAGGCUGUUUUUGGUACUACACCCAAAGUAUUCAGAUUAUUCUUCAAGACUCUUAUAAAUAUCUGGUGUCUCCUACUUAAAGUGUGAGUGAAUAGAAUACUCAUCUUUCUUUCCAGCGCAGAGAGAUAAAGAGUGUCCGUGUGUGUGUGUCAAGCAAACAGGGAGGGCCUCGGAAAAUAUAGUCAUCCCUUCUAGACACUCAAAUUGUGCAGUUCUUCACACUGAAACUCUGCACAUACAGACCCCAAGCUCCAUCAGGACUACUUUCAAGCACUGAAGUGGUCAUGGUGUUAGGAGUAACCAUUUAAGAGUGGUUCUCACAGAAAAUAAGAAAAAGAAAAUAUUGCAGCCUAAAAUAAAAUGUGCUACUUUCUGUUUGAUGUCCAACGUAUAAAAAAAAAUGCUCAGUAUGUUCCACAGGAAUGUACAACUUUAUUAUGGCUCAACCUAAUAGUCAUUAUGGUACAACAACACAUUUAACCCUGAUUUCUGAAAUAUAACCCUGCUGUGCAUUACUUUGUUAUAAAUAUAUAUUCACUCUUUUUUAAAUACAAAGUAAAACAAAUCAGGAAAAGUCCAAUCGCCACCAACCCAGAGUGGCUCUACUCCUCAAUCAAUAAUAAAUGAAAAAAGGAUUGGGCACAGAAAUGGACAGACUCCUGUGUGCUUCAAUAAGUCUGCCUUGGAUUCUGAACAAUUCUGUGCCCACUUCUUUUUUCAUUUAUUAACUCUUUUGUGCAUCUCAGUUUAUGUUUUGCCUUUUUUGUUCAGAAGCACCACCUAUCUGCUAGGAUCAUGGAAAGGUUGAAGGUCGAAAACUAUCCCAGAGUAAACUUUUGCGUGCCUGUGAUGUCGGAAUUUGUGAAUGUGCACAAGCUCUUGAUGUCUUGUUGUGGUCAGAUAUACUGUGUUUUUUAAGAGAAGUUGGAGAAUAAUGCUGGUGCACGUGAAAGAUUUUAAAAAAUAUUCAUACAUUUUACUUAAGUGAAAAAAUACACAUAUGCUGAGGAUGACUCGCAAAUUGACCCAAUUGUGGUGCGACCGAAAUAUUGUCCUGAACAUGCAUAUUUUUUCACUUGUAAUUAGGGUAACAUUAAGGCAGAAAAAAUGUAUACAGAUGCUGGUGUCAUUUUUAUUUUCCUUUCUCCCCAGGUUAUGUUGGCCCCCCUGAUUACCAUUGCACUUAAGCUUUCAAAACUUCAGGAGAGAACAGGACGUGACGCUCCAACUGUCAUAACGUAAACAGGAGGAAGCACUGAAAGAUUCGGCCUAAGAAAUUGAUGUCUCUGUCCCCAUAAUAUCAUCCCUGUAUUGUCUCGUCUGUACAGAUUGUGUGUGUUAGUUAUCAUUCUAUGUCUAUCAUUAACAUAAGCUGAAAAAAAGUACAAACAUUUGAAAACACAGUUUACAAUUGCUUUUUUUUUUCAGUCCCAAAUCAGACACAAUUUCAAUAUUGUUUACAGUUUAUUUUUUUUUUAUUUUAUUUUUUUUAGACCCCAAUAUGUCUGUCUAGGACUAAUUCUACGAGUUGGUAGUCAACAAGAGUUAUGUUUUUUUCAAUUAAUAAACUGCAGACGUAAUCCUAAAAACCUGUCUCGGGGAACCAUCCUGUUCAUACAAAGGAAAUAUUCACAGAAAGCCAUAAUAUCAAAUAUAUAAUAAAAUGUUUAAAACAAAGUUUGUAAGAGUUGUGUAAUACUUAAUUUCACCAAUAUUCUGUUUACUAUCUUCGUUCUUUUUAUUUAUUAUUCCUCAAAUUUUAUAUUUUGAAAUUACAUGGACCAUUUUAAAAAUGUAGUUCUUGUAAUGAAUGAUUCUCUGUCUCAGACACACACACACUCCCUCUCCCUCUCUCAUGGGAAUAAGAUAGUAUAAAAUGUUAUAGUUUUACAUAUUAGGACAUAAUAAUCUUAGCAGGUCUUAAAAUUAGGUAAAUACAAUCUCAGAUGAGCAAAAACACAUGACAAUUACACCAUGUCAUGAUUUACUUAACAACAAUAAAGCCAAAAUGGAGAAGCCAUGUGUGAAAACCAAGUACACUUUAUGAUUCCAUUACUUGUAGAACCACCUUUAGCAGCAAUAACGAAGGAAUAGUUUUCUGUAUGACUUUGCCAGUCUCUCUCAUCAUUGUGGAAGAAUUUUGGUCCUCUCUUUUAUUACAACAUUGCUUCAGUUCAGUGAGGUUUACUGUCAUUUGUUUAUGCACCGCUCUCUUAAGGUCCUGUCACAGCAUCUCAAAUCGGCUUGAGGUCUGGAUUUUGACUAAGCCAUUGCAACAUCUUGAUUCUUUUCUUUUUCACCUAUUAUGUUGUAGAUUUGCUGGUGUGCUUGGGAUCAUUGUCCUGUUACAUGACCCAAUUUCAGCCAAGUUUGAGCUGUCUGACAGGUGGCCUCAUAUUUGACUCUAGAAUACUUUUGUCUACAGAGGAGUUCAUGGUCGACUCAAUGACGGCAAGGUUCCCAGGUCCUGUGGCUGCAAAACAAGCAUGACUGUGUAUAUGUGUGUGUGUGUGUGUGUGUGUGUGUGUAUAUAUAUAUAUAUAUAUAUAUAUAUAUAUAUAUAUAUAUAUAUAUACACAAACACACAUCUCCAUCUCUUUGAUACAGUGACAAUCGGACCACACUAUUAGUUGAGAAUAUUCUGUGCAAACUCCUGACAUAUCUGACACACCUCUUAAUAAUUUUUUUCCAGGGCUCUUACUCCUUGCAUGCAGACUACAAGGAGGCAGAGCUAGCUUUCAUCAAAUGAAAGACUAACAGACAAAGACAUACUUGGUUGCCAUAUUACUGAGAGGGAGGUUAGGAAGUCCACCCCUCUGUGUAAAUCGCACCAUCCCAGAUGGAUUCAGUGGUGAUUAUUAUAAGCUACUUACCACUACCUUGUGCAUAUACACGUGGACAGAACCCCUUUGGCUUCCUCUGACAUAGCCAUCGACCCCCUUAUCCACCAAUUCCAGCUAACCCUGACUUUCUUGGAAGUAACCGUCAAUAACUAUAUUGUAAAAUGGUAUUUCAGUCUCUAACCUUUUAACAUCUCUGCCAUCAAUUUUACAACUUAGCUCUCUCUUAGAAAGCUUUGCACGUUCUACUACCUGCAGUUCUGCCAUCAUUCACUACACCAGCCCGAUACAGAUACACAACUCUAAUUAUAAGCGUACUGACACCAUGCUGAAGACAAAACCGGUAUAAUAAAACAUUUUUUUUACCCAUGUUUGUGACGGUGAGUAACACGGCUAGUUAGGUCAGGAUGUGAAAUUUAGAGCCCUGGCUCUUGAAUACUUUAAUACAAUCUUUGCUGACCCUCACCUUGGUAAGCGGGGAAAAGGUUCAGAAAUGACUAGGAUUUGUCAGAUCCAUCUUGUUUUUCUGGGCACAUAUUCUCAUUUAUGGGCAGCACACAAAAGGUGCUGCCUGGCAGUUGAGAAGGGGUAACAUUCAAACACUGCAAGUAAGUAAUCAAGUCUUGAAUUUUAUUAAAGGAAACGGAGGCUCAUGUUAUGCUCAAGCUUUCUUUAGUACUCUGCAGCAAAGAAAGGAUAUUGUAUAUAUUCAAAGAAAAACAAAACCGCAUGUACCUUAAAGGGUUAACCACAUGUAACGUGUUAUCCAAUGAGAGUGUUCCUAGCACAAUAAUGUCCCAUGUGACCUUAAGCCACUCCUCUUUCUUUGCUGCUGCCUCCUCAGCUAAGUAAAAAUUUUUCAUAGCUCUGUCUUAAUUUGGGCAAUUUUAAUUACUGUAUUUAUGUCUAGUAUAUUACUGCCUUCUUUCCACAGUUUUGCUUGGGGGCACGAUUAAGCCGUUUUGAUGGCUGGGUUUCUGGGCAGUUUACCGGUGCCACCCAGGAGUUCAUUCCUGAGGGAACACUCGGUGAGCCUGCUUGGUUUUUACACUGUGCCUUCAUUUUAUUGUAUAAAUCUGUGCCUGGUAUACUUGCCCUUUCCACUGCACUCCCCAGUUUCUGUUACUGUGUAGGAUCUCCCUAUUCUGUGUCCCUUACAUAGGAGUUUUUUCUGUCACACUUGUGGGAAGUAAUUACUUUGCCAUGCAGUCAGGUAAAGAGGUGGAAGCUUCCGCUACUGGCUCUUCCGUCUGUGCCACCAAAACCCUUGCACCCUUAACGGUGUCUAGGCCAUCCACAUUAGAUGAAGCGUCACAAGAGCAAAUGAACUCUGAGGAGUUCCAUGCGCUCCGAGACGCUAAGUCUGUGACGCAAGCCAUCUUUACUAUGAGGGGUCAUGUCAGAUAAUCUGUCCCACUCGACCACUCAUGCACUGAUGUCCACCAAGUGUCCAUCUACUUUUGUUUCUAACCCCCCAGAGAGUAAACCGUUGGCCCCCCUGAGGGCAUAAAUCCACCCAAAAAUCUUGCCAUUUGGACAAGGAUGCUUCCAAAAACUUGCAGACGGACAGGGUACGUCCUGUCAUAGAGGACGUGGUUGCACCACAACUAAGAGCAAAGUCAGUAAGGAACUGGAAGAGGGCUAAAGCCCUAAUCAAUUCUUCCAAAUAUGAAUCGUAACAAGAAUCGUCAUUGAGCGAGUCCGAUGAGGAGGACUCUUAUGACUCCAGUGUUUAUUUUACUGAGGACGGCUCCUUGCCCGUACCUGGAGAGGACCCCAAAGAUGAGAAGAUGGCUCCACCCUUCUUGACCCUCAGGGUGAACCGCUCUUUGACCCGUAUACCUUGCAUCAUCCGAGAUCCUCAGAGUGGUACCCCCUAGAUUUCGUGGCAAAAUACGUCGCCGCUCGUAUUAGGAAAUCGCUUGACAAGGUGUCACGGAAUAAGCCCCGGGCAGAAUGCCCGUGCCCCACUAUUCUUGAUAUGGCCUGUGUUACCCCUGAUGUGGUCCCAAAAAAAAAAAAAAAUCGCCCAAUUUUUGGGCAAAUCAGGUUGGAAGGCAAAGAAAGGCCUGGAUUUUGCCUUGUGGAACUGCCAGAAUAAAAUCCGAGAUGUCCUUGGACCGAGUGCAAAAAUAUUCGACUUGGUCAAAAUGGCACUGGCAGGUGGUACACCUGCAGAUUUGUUAGCCAUCAGGGGGUGGAUCCAGUGAUCAGUAUGUUUGCUGGUCAAUGCCAAUACUGCAGAAGCCAUUGAAAGACGCAUGGCAAUUCUAAUAAAAAUAGAGCCUAAGCUGGUAAACCUAACUAUCUCAGAGCCUGGGCCACAGGCAAAAGGCCUCCUGUUUGGAGAUAACUUUUUGAAAGAGUUUUGCACAUAUGUAGGUACCUUUACGGCACUUCAUAAGGCACAAGCCAGCAUGAAACGAGUGUUCUCCCAGAGAGUUUUUGGCGGGGCCGGCAGAUAUCCAGGCCGUCUGCCCGGCCGUUCAUACCGGGCUUCUCGAGGCUCCAACCACUCCAAGUUUCCAGCGCCUGAGUCCAAGUCCACUUCACGGUUCUUCCCAGUUAGGGGCAGACCUUGGCAGCCUCGUGGACCCAGAGGUUCUUCCUAUGGCAGACGGCCUUAUG